CCCCGCCUCCUCCUCCCGCCCGCCGCCGCCGCCGGCCCGCGCACUUCCUCCCCGGCCCUCCCCGAUCGCUUGGGGACUCUCCUGCCCGCUUUGCCACCUAAGGGAACAGCGGGGCUGCAGCCGCCGGGGCGGGGAACCAGGCGCAUUCUGGGCCCCGCGUCCGCUAUGGGGAGAGCGGCGGCUGAGUCCGCCAGCCGCAGCAGCAACUCUAGUCGCCGCCGCGGCUUCCUGCCCUAGAUCGGGGAAGCAGACGCCUGAGCCGUCGUCUUUGCCGUCGCCGUUGCGCCGUCGUCGAGCGCUGGGAUGGAUUAAAGGGCCUUGCAGCCCAGAGAAGCGUGCCUGCCCGCCCCCGGACCGGGCCGGGGCCUGCUCCCGCGCCCCUCCAGCUCGACCUGAGGAGGUUCUGCCGCGUCCGGAGAUGCAGCUCGAGCAAAGGCCGUCCUCCGAGCCGCGAGGCUAGACUGACCACUGGGUGCCGGCCUGAGCGCCGAAGCCGCCGCGUUUGUGCCCUGUGGCUGCUCGGGACGAUCCCGAACGCUGGUUUUUCUCCCUCUUUAUUUUUUGUCUGGAAGUCUCAGGGACAGAGAAGGGGCGCCAGGGCCCCAUGUGUGGGAGGAUUGCUUCAGCUCCACAAACUUGCACGGAUUUUGGUUACUUCUUUGGCCAGUGGUUCGGCUCAGAUUUCCUUCGAAUUGUUGCAAAUUCGCCAUUGUUCCCUGGCUGCUUACAAAGUUGGAUCCGGAAUUUCUUUUCAACUGGGAGCCAUCGGUGUCGAAGUGUCUGCAAUGAACCCGGUGAAUGCUACUGCUCUCUACAUUUCCGCGAGCCGUCUAGUGCUCAACUACGACCCCGGAGACCCUAAGGCGUUUACAGAGAUUAACAGGCUCCUGCCUUACUUCCGACAGUCCCUCUCGUGCUGUGUUUGCGGACAUUUGCUACAAGACCCUAUUGCACCUACCAACUCCACCUGCCAACACUAUGUCUGCAAAACUUGUAAAGGCAAGAAAAUGAUGAUGAAACCUUCAUGUAGCUGGUGCAAAGACUAUGAGCAGUUUGAGGAGAACAAGCAGUUAAGCAUCCUAGUGAAUUGCUACAAAAAAUUAUGUGAAUAUAUAACACAGACUGCCUUGGCACGGGAUAUAAUAGAAGCAGUCGACUGUUCUUCUGAUAUUUUGGCUUUGCUUAAUGAUGGAUCAUUGUUUUGUGAGGAGACAGAAAAACCCUCAGAUUCAUCCUUUACUUUGUGUUUGACACAUUCCCCUUUACCUUCAACCUCAGAACCUACGACUGAUCCUCAAGCUAGUUUAUCUCCAGUAUCUGAAAGCACCCUCAGCAUUGCUAUUGGCGGUUCUGUUAUCAAUGGUUUGCCUACUUAUAAUGGGCUUUCAAUAGAUAGAUUUGGUAUUAAUAUUCCUUCACCUGAACAUUCAAAUACGAUUGAUGUAUGUAACACUGUUGACAUAAAAACUGAGGAUCUGUCUGACAGCCUGCCACCUGUCUGUGACACGGUAGCCACUGACUUAUGCUCCACAGGCAUUGAUAUCUGCAGUUUCAGCGAAGACAUAAAACCUGGUGACUCUCUGUUACUGAGUGUUGAAGAAGUACUCCGCAGCUUAGAAACAGUUUCGAAUACAGAGGUUUGUUGCCCUAAUUUGCAGCCCAACUUGGAAGCCACUGUAUCCAAUGGACCUUUUCUGCAGCUUUCUUCCCAGUCUCUUAGCCAUAAUGUUUUCAUGUCCACCAGUCCUGCACUUCAUGGGUUAUCAUGUACAGCAGCAACUCCGAAGGUAGCAAAGUUGAAUAGAAAAAGAUCCAGAUCAGAAAGUGACAGUGAGAAAGUUCAGCCACUUCCAAUUUCUACCAUUAUCCGAGGCCCAACACUGGGGGCAUCUGCUCCCGUGACAGUGAAACGGGAGAGCAAAAUCUCUCUCCAGCCUAUAGCAACUGUUCCCAAUGGAGGCACAACACCCAAAAUCAGUAAAACCGUACUUUUAUCUACUAAAAGCAUGAAAAAGAGUCAUGAACAUGGAUCGAAGAAAUCUCACUCUAAAACCAAGCCAGGUAUUCUAAAAAAAGAUAAAGCAGUAAAGGAAAAGAUUCCUACUCAUCAUUUUAUGCCAGGAUGUCCUACCAAGACUGUGUACAAAAAACCCCAGGAAAAGAAAGGGUGUAAAUGUGGGCGUGCUACUCAAAAUCCAAGUGUUCUUACAUGCCGCGGCCAACGCUGCCCUUGCUACUCUAACCGCAAAGCCUGCUUAGAUUGUAUAUGUCGUGGCUGCCAAAACUCCUAUAUGGCCAAUGGGGAGAAGAAGCUGGAGGCGUUUGCUGUGCCAGAAAAGGCCUUGGAGCAGACCAGGCUCACUUUGGGCAUUAAUGUGACUAGCAUUGCCGUACGCAAUGCUAGUACUAGCACCAGUGUAAUUAAUGUCACAGGGUCCCCAGUAACAACAUUUUUAGCUGCCAGUACACAUGAUGAUAAAAGUUUGGAUGAAGCUAUAGACAUGAGAUUCGACUGUUAAAUCAGUGGGUCUUUAGACCUACCUCUGGUAGGAAAAAUAGCUACAGUUUUACGGCAGCUAUGGUUCUGUUGGUUUAACUUGCCGGAGCUCCUGCGUAUAGAUCACUUGUAUCAAGUGUUUUCAUUGCUAAGUUAUAUGUGUUAGUGUCGGGGAAAUAGUUUGCAGUUAAUGGAGGAGUAACCCUACAACUAUAUGUCCUUAGUUCUUACAGAACCUCAUAGUUUGAGAACAAAUGCUGAUGCAGCUGAUUUAUACAAAAUGAACUUUGGCAAGGAAAAUAACAUUAACCUCAUUGUUUAUGGUCAUGCUUUGUGCAUAAUCAAAGUUUAUGAUUAAAUGUAAGGAAGUGGUAUCUAGUCAGUACAUAAAGAUUGUGCUAAUUUUUUUUUUGUGGAAAAGUAGCCAUUAGUUUGUUCAGGAGACUCAGUGCUGCCUUCAGAUGCCAUUGAUAUUUCUCCUGUUGAAAAGCUGAUGUGUCCAGCUCAACCUUUGUGGUGACAUAAUACCAUUUCUGAUCAUGAAAAUUGGCUACGUGGUGUAUGUAGCAGUUCUUAAAUCAGCAGUAUUAUGAAAGAAAAUUUAUUGGCCCCUCAUUAGAAUAUUUAAGAAAUCCGUCUUUUAAAAAAGUGAAAAAAACUGAAAUUCUAUCAGACCGCAGAUGUUUAGCUGUUCUGUUUAUGCUACAAAACUCUUCUGAGUUGAGCCCUUUUUUUAGUUAAGUCUGAUUCAUUUCUAGGAAAAAAUUCUACACCCCUCCUUCGCUUUGAACAGUGUUCUAAUUGGUUAAAUGAAGUGGAGAAAAGUAGUUUUAUUCCAAAGGUAAUUGAAUUUGGACUAUACAUAUGUGACAGAACUUAAAACAAUUAUAAAAAAAUGUUUUACUUAGAAAUUAGGAUUUAUUUGAAAUAAUUUUGGAAUAAUGCCCCCAGACUUACCCAGAUUUAUGCAUUAUACUUAUUGCCAUUGGCCACUUAUUCAAUAUUUGCUUCCUUUAAUAGUUUGCCACAGAUUUUAUUUUGAAUAUGCUCUUUUUUUUAGGGUGCUAUUCAUUAUGAAGGCUUCUUUGUAGAAGCCUAAUAAAAAUGCCUUUUUAUGAAGCCUGUGCGUUUAAAAAAAAAAAAAAAAAAAAAAUUUUUUUUUUUUUUUUUUUUUAGUGCGUUUAGGUAGGUUUAAAGCUAAGAGGAUUUUCUUCAGAAUGCCCUUUUCCAUGUAAAGCACAAACUACGUUCCCGUGUUGCCCUUCUUCCCUUCAGUUUUUAUGGGGAAGGCAAAUGAGUCACAAAUAUUUUGUUGAAGGGAAAUCUAGUCAGUUGCCUCAAAGAGCACAGCCCAAAUAAAACAAGGACUGACUAGGUUGUAAAGACGUGACCUGGUGAAUUUCGAGAUGCUGCUUUCACAGUGCUUACUUAAAAAUACUGCUGGAAAAUCUCCAAUUUCUACUACAUUCACCAUCUCUAGUGAGAUCUGAGAUAUAUUGAAGUUAUGUUUUGAUUUGGCACUCAGCAUGUUCAAUGAUGGUUACUCACCUAGUACAAAAAAUGGAGACGAAACCUUUGGACACAGAGCAGAUGACACCUCCUUCUGUUUUGUAGUGUAUCCUGGUGUCAUUUUCUGUGAAUGUGGUCAGGUAGAGUUGUUUUUGUUGUUGUUGUUGUUUUUUUUUUUUUUUUCCUCCCCUUUGUCUCUUUUGGUGGGGUGGGGGUGGGCUAAAGCCAUAGGAAGAAAAAUGUGAUGUAUGUGUCCAGUAUGUACUAUUUUGUUUCUGUUUUGCAAGAAGAUUGAACUAUUUUUGAUAACAAGAGUAAAUGGUGGAAAAUGCUUCUUAGUUGUCUUGUCUUUAUUUUCCAAGUUUUGGAAUUUUAUUUAAUUCCUUCAAGUGUUAGCAGUGUCUUAUGAAACAUGUAUUUGCCUAAAAUUUGUAAUAAUUUUGUGUUGAACCCAGAUGCCCUGCUAUAUAAACUUGUAAAUCUUUUCUUUAUUUACUAAUGAUCACUGCAAAAAUGACUAGAAAUGAGAUUGUACACAUGGGUGAUUAGGAUAUAUUUUGCAAAUCUCAAUUUCCUGAUACUAUGAUCUUGAAAUUCAUAAAGUACUUUAUUGCGUCCCAAGUUUGAUAAUACUAGUUUUCUGUUUUUGAGGCAUGGGAGGUUGGCAAUAUAGACAAAGUGGAAAUCAUCAGUAUGUGAAGGCCUUGAUUGUUAUGUAAUAUUGCCAGUGAUGAAUUCAGGUGGUUUUUAGCACAAGUUUCUCUUUUUUAUGCUGGUAUUCUCACUGCCACAUUUUUGGAAACCUGUAUUACACCUUCAAAUUUACCAAUAAAUGUUAGUUUUCUAAUUCUAUGUUGUAGAAUACUGAGGAGUUUGGGAUAGCAUGCUCUGAGUGGUCUGCUUUAUACAUCUGGGGGAAGAGUAAUUAAUUACAGUGCCUUGAUUUUUAUAUUGUUUUUAUGCCUCGAGUUAUUUGGGAAUGCUGAUCAAUGGCUAACUUGGCAUGACUGACAGAUUAUUCCUGAAGUGACUGGAUUUACCUCAUGAGGCUUGGAAACCACCAAACAUUAACAGCAUUUAAUAUGACACAUCUUCAGUGCUCUUUGGGUCCUCGUUAUUAACAUAGAUGAUCAAAUGAUUUUUCUCUGAAGGUUAUGUAAGAAGCUUUAGAGCUGACGGUUUAUCUUUUGUUUAGCAGGUUUAGUUUGGUCCUAGGGUAAAGCAUUUGUUUUAUUCAUUGUGUUUUGGCUCUCAGAACAAUUCCAUGAUGAUCUUGCUGAAGCACACGAGGAGUUUUACAAUGAUCAGAUGAAAAAUGAAAUUGCCCCCCCCAACCAGAAGUAACAAAUGCUUUAGGAAAUACUAAAUUCAAAAUACAUUAUCUAAAUCUAAUACUUGAAUGCAUUUUAUGCUUUUCCCUCUGCUUUUUAAAUAGUUACUGAAAUAACAGAUACACAUUCUGUUUAAAAAAACAUUAUGCAUAAGGCUAAAGUCACCUUUGAACCUCUCACACCCAAACCCUAAUCCUCCUUCCUUUCACCAGAGGAAACCACUUCAGUGUGGGGUGUUACCCUUCCAGACCUUACUUGAUAGUUUUCCUAGGGGUUCAAAGAGUUAUUUUCUGAAACUCAAGCUUGUUUACAUACAGUAUAACUUUUCAAACAUAAAUUGAGUUACCAAAAACCAAAACCAAGCCUGUUGCUGGCGAUUCCAACUCAGUGAUCCUGUAGGACGGAGUGGAACUGCCCCAUAGGGUCUCCAAGGAGCUGCUGGUGGAUUCGAACUGCCAACCUUUUGGUUUGCAGCUGAGCUUUUAACUGCUGCGCCACCAGGGCUCCAAACUUAGUUAUAAGUGUGAUUAGAACCAAAAGUGCAUAGUGAUCAUUCUAGUGAACAUGAUUCAUAUUUGACAGUUUUUCUUUAUUUCGUUUUGCAAAAAGGGAAAAACAAAAGUCAUGCAGCCUUCUCCAUCCAAACACACCUUAUCGUUUACAAAAACUGAGCAAAUGACUUCUUAUUUAUAAACACUUGAACAGUACAUGGUGAUACAGAAUAAGGUGCAGGGAAAAUACACAGAAUUCUAUUUUAUCUUGAUUACCUCAGCAAUUAAUGUUAUGCUGUGAAACUCAAGUUUCACUGAAUAGCAUUAAGAUCAUGAUAACCUUUGAUGUAUCUUUUAUCAAGGAGCCUGGAAUAUUAUAACUUGAAAUUUCCGGUUUGGCAGUAAUGAUUAUAUUCAGCGUGAUCUUUACCAGAAAGUCAAGCAACAUACUGCCCUAGUUUCUCAAGUCACACUCCUUGCAUUCAGAUCUAAGAGUACAUGAAACAUAUGUUUAUAAUGUCUGAAAAUGUGGUACUUUGGGAAACCUAAAUUUAUUUUAAACCAGCCUUAUCUUAAAUGCAAUAGUAUUGCUAGCUGUACUUUUACAUUUACAGACUGUUUUUAAACUAAAUACGGGUCAAAAUUAAAGUAAGAUGACUUUAGUAUGGAGCAACAAGGGAAAAAGGCAAAGCCAGAUGUUAAGAAAAUAUAUAUAUACACUGGAAAAAUGAAUAUUUUUAUUUUUUUGCUGAGUCUUAGAAACAGUUUAGAUCAUUACGGAUAAUAAAACCUUUAAAGCAUAUCUGGUUCUAAAAAAAGCCAGUAUUAAACAUUUUUUGUAUUUUUAUCUGAAAUAAAUGGUUGCUUUUCUUCCCUGGUAAAGGCUGGAUGGGCUGGACAAUAAAUUCAUGUUAUCACAUAAGUAAUCCUAAUAAUUUUAUCAGUGUUCUUAGGUUACUGCAUGUAGUGUUUUCUAAAUUUAGUCACUUUUAAACUUUGUUCUGCGUAAACUAUUAGUUUUAAUAAUUGUCACUUUCUAUAAUGGUUUCCAUUAAACAGAUGGUCAGUUCUAAUCAUGAAGAUAAAAUAACAGGAAACUGGGAGGAUUUUGUCUCAGGAAGGAUUGUUAACUUGCUGAUUAUGGAGUUUAUAAAUUCCCUCACUUUUUGCCUACCAUAGCCCAAGGUAUGGUUACUUAAAUGCCUGACCUGCAGACCUGCAAGGGGGCCAAGAUGGUGCUGAAGGGAAGCUAUUCUGACACUUUUAGGACUUAAGAUAAAAAACAAAACAAGAGGAAAAGAUGAUUUUUGACAAAGAUGUUAAAAAGGUGCCUGGAAUAGUAGUUUGUUUUCAACAUGAAGAAACUGUUUACAUUGAGGCCUUUACUGUCCGCCUACUUUGUAAUACUUAGUAAAGGAAGGAAUAUAGUGUAGUUAAAAAUUUUCAUGUAAGUCUUUAAUUUUCCUUUAAGUCUUCAAAUAGGCCUUCUAAUACGAAGAGACGGGGGAUUCAACUAAUUUGGAGAUUAAUAAAUCAGUUCUCUACAAAUGUUAAAGAGUUUUUUCCCCAGAUGUGAACCAAAUUCUGUACUUGUCUUCAUCUAGUAAGUUUUUUCUUGAGAUUUUAUAUAAGAUCUACAGUCAUGAUUGGGGAAGGAUUAUUCAAAGCUUGGCAAUAAGGUUGGAAAGCCCAGUGGUUACAAUACCUGAGGAUGUAAAGUGACUCAUAGCUUGGCAGGUCAUUGUGAAAUUAAACUGGUAAGUUCAAGAUCUUUCAACUCCAGUACAAAUAAAAUUGAAAGAAGUCUCUGAGAUGUUUUGGCAGUGCUUUUAUUACCAGGGCUAAGUCAACUCUGGAAGCCCUUACUGCUCUUUCAAGUUUCAAAAAUUUUUAACUCAAGUUGAAGGUUUCUUUUAGGCUCCAUAGGAGCCCUGAGGGGCCUCAGGGAUGCUGACCGACAGUGAGGCAGUUCCUACUUCUGUAGAGUGAACUGUGCUUGGCACUGUCCACAAGAGAUCCCUGGUAUAAUCAGGGUUGUAGAGAGUGGAUUCUCAGACUUUGGAAGGUGAUGUACAUGAUUAUAUUUGGUUUUGAGGAAAAGCUCUGCAAGAGGUUUGAGGCAAACUGGAGGAGUCUCCCAAGUUGAGUGUGUAUCCAGACCUAUUGCUUAAAAACACUUUAAGGUUCCUAGGGCAGACACACACUUGCAGAAAUCAAAGCCUUUAAGAAAGCAGUGUACAAACGAGCAUUUCUUCACAAGAAAGAACAUCCAAAAUACAGCUACUCUUCAUCCACUGACUGAAGCUUUCCACAUUUCUCUGAAAGGUUUGAGGUUACUAUUUUAUUUCCUUUGUUUCCAAAUUCAGAGGGAGGGACAGGUUCAUCUGUUUCAUAGUCUUCAAAGGAGCUGAAAGAACAAAAAGAAGUCAGUUUGGCAAACCAGAGACUGAAGACCAGCCUAUGAAAGUAUCCUCAGUUGCUAAACGGUAGCUAUAAACAACAGAGCAUCUCUCUAGAGAAGAAAACAUUCUUCUCCCUGUUGCUUGAAACUCAAAUCCAUGUUAGAAAUUGCUGAAAUCUCUGCUGUAUAAAGCUUUUCCUAGGAGUGCUUACUGGGAAUGAGAGCACUAUGGAUAGUGUUAGGUUAGGGUGGAUUUGAGGUCCAUAAAUCAACAACUCUGUGAACGGUUCCACUGAAGUGGGCUCCGUGCAGCCUGGGAAACUUACUCAACUCCCAAAUUACUUCCAUCCAUGGCUUUCAAGCAGCACACUUCAGAUGUGCAAGUGUGUACACAGAACAGACUAUACAGCCCGUUCACGUGUUUCCCUCCAUCCUCCGCUGCAGAACCUAGCGUACCUAGAUGUUCAUCCUGAGGAAGAUCCCCCGUUCACUUCCUUUAGAGAGUUACCGGUAUACUCUGAAUUCCACAUCCUCCAGGCUAUCCUGAAGGUGGAUUUAGGUGGAGUUGACACAAAAUAUAUUUUAUCUCUUGGGAAUGCUGCCUGCCUGAAGUAUUACACCAGAAAGCGGAGGUUACAUCUGAGCGCGGAAAAAGAUACAUGAUCAGUUAGCAACGUCUAGUACAGUAUUUGGCUCCACCGGCUUAGUUUUGUUAACCACUGUAGGGCCUUACACAGCAGCACUCGAACAGAAACACCUGGACCUAACAGUCUCUCCAUCAGACAUACCACCACAGAUGAGCAAGGAAAAAUAUGCUGAGGCAGGGAUACCCAGUAGGUGGCACCGAUUCAAGUAAGACAUUUUUUGCUUGCAGAGGUUAGAGAUGGUUAAAUGGGGAGGGGGAUGUUUGGAAAGCUUCCCUAUGAGUACCAGUUUAUGAUGCUACCCAGAGCCAUUUACAACUUGAUUAUUUUGCACAAAAGACUCCAUAUUUAAUCUCCACCCCCUCUCCCCAAUUUCCUUAAGGUCUCUAACUGGGAUAUAUGCUGGAUAAGGAGGCAAUAAGGAGGGUACCUUGCUCUAAUAAGAGUGAAACAGGGUUGAUGGCAGAACCUUCAUUUCUGGAACAAGAUGCUGAAGAAUUAAUUCUUGAGAUGUGUCUGCUCUAUGACUGCUUAUUUUGUGUCAGAAUGGAAGAGAUUUUCUUCCUCUCUGCCGUAACUUGCUGUUUGCAAGCUGUAUCUUAAACACUUCGAUCAAGUGCUGGAGAGAAAUCUGAAGUGAGACUCAUUCAACAACUACUUGAACUCCUGUUAUGUAUUAAGCAUGAGCCAAAAGCUAGGAAUAUAAUGAUAAAAAGACUGAACCAGCCCCUUUCUCACAGAGCUUGUGGCCUGGUGGAGCCCAUCGGGAAUAAUGGUUAAGUGGCUUAACCUUAGAGCUUUGAAGUCCGACUCCAAUGUCAGGUUCCAGUCUUAAAUCAUUUAUUGUGACUCUGGGCAUGUUAAAUUAACCCUUCUGCAUCAGUUUCCUCAACUAAUGAGCUAACAGUUCCUACUUCUCAUGAGGCUGAGGUAGAGAUUCGGUGAGAGGGCCUGAUAAAGCAUAAACUCUUGGAAAAUAUCAGCUCCUAUUUUCAUGAUGGGGAAGUGCCGGGGCUCAAUGGAGCAUGAUGCUGAUACUUAACCCAUAUUACGGGGCAGAGUUACAGAGAAAGCCAUUGAACUUUUUUUGGCAUUUGUGAGUAAAAGAUUUAAAGUACAUCUUUCUUUCCCACUCUAGUCUCACACCAGAAAUGUGAUUUCUAGCAAUAGAUUUAAUUCAGUCUGGUACAUAAACAUAUUCUAAUGCCCUGUGGGCUGGAUAGGCUAGAAGAGUACAGAAGAAAAAGGUGUGUGUGUUAUGCUUUGUAUAUAACGAUAAGAAAGGAUGAAUCUGAGAAAGCUUGAGAUGUAUCUCUUUGGAGUUUAGCAGUCACAGCCAAGUGACAGCAGUAAAUCACUUGGGCCGCAACUUCCAAUUUUCUCUCACAAUCCCUGAUGUCAACUUUGUCCAUCCCUUUGUUUCCUCCUCAGAGAUUAAAAAAAAAAAAACCCAUUGCCAUUGACUCUGCCUCAUAGUGACCCUAUAGAGAGAACUGUAAGAUAUUUAUCCCUCUUCUUUCUUCUUCAACCCACUGCAGUCUACUAUUGGUCCCCACUGCUACACUAAAACAGAUCUUGUCCAGGUCACCAAUGAACCCUCAUGCUCAUGAUGUCCACAUUUUAAAUGUUCCAUUCAGACCUCUCCUUUGAGCUCUAGAUUCACAUCCACAUGCCUACUUGAUUUCUUGAUGAUUCACUAGUUUCAUACUUCUGAUAGGACUCUGUGUUCCUCCAACACCCCAUCUGUUCCCUCACUAAUUGUACCCAUCUCAGUAAACGGCCCCACCAUCCACUCAGUUGCUUAAGCUACAAAUCAUGGAGUCCUGUAUGGCUUUGUUUUACACCUCCUAUCCAUCAGCAAAUUUGUUGAUCCAAACUAUUGGCAAGUUACCGCCUAAAUAGAUCUUAAAUCCCUGUUUUUCUCUAUGGUAACUGCUGUCACCCUAGCCUGAACUACCAUCAUCUCUUACUUAGAUGACUGUAAUGUCUUCCUUAUUCUUCUCCCUGCUUCUGCUCAUACCUCCACCGAUCCAGCAGAGUGAUCUUCAAAGGACGUAAGUGGAAUUAAUUACUUUCCUGUGUAACACUUUUCAGUAGCUUCCCUAGGCCCCGCAGGACCUUGCUGUUAGAUGCUGUUGGGUUGGUUUCACCUCACAGCAACCCUGUGUCAACAGAAGGAAACACUGCCCAGUCCUGCACCAUCCUCACAAUCGCUACGCUUCAGCCCACCGUUGCGCUCUUUCCAACCACACUUCCCUCAGUUGUUCCCUAUUCCAGGUAAGCUGAUCUUUUUAAAUUUCCCCAACAUACUGUUUCCUGUUCCUUUAUGUAGAAUAUUCUUCUUCUAGGCUUUUUGCAUAACUGUUUCUUCUCAACCUUUAGCUCUUCAGUUCCUCAGGGAAUUCUUCCUUCAGCACCCUAAGCUGGAACCCCCUCUCCAUUGUUGGUUCAUCUGAUUUGUUUCCUUCAUAAUUACAUAAUUAAAUGUGUCUCUCUUCCCAACUAAAUAAAAGUGCCCAUUUUGUACUCCUUAAUUUUCUUGGGCUAUAUCUGGUGUAGUGCCUGGCACUACGUACGUGCUCAAAAUCAAUUGUUGGAUGAAAAGAGAUGUCUUAAUAUUCUUGUAAAAAAGUUGUUAGGGAAGGGUAGAGUCAGUGGUAUGGUGAGGGUACAGAAGUCAUCUUGAAGUCAGAUCUGUGAGAGCCUUCCUUUUUAUCCAGCUCUUCAGGAAUUCCAGAGAACAUGGAGGGAGACAGUGAGUCAGUUAAUUGCUUCUAACUGCCACUUCCAGGUCACUUGGAAUUCUUCUGGAGUCAAAUGAAGAUUAUUAUAUGAGAGGUAUCCUGUUAACUGCCCUUUUUUUUUUUUUUUUAAGUGAAAGGAAACAGACUGUACUUUUUAUUUAAAAAAUGUACAUGCAUGAACGCACAGGUUUUAAAUCAUGAGUUGUGAUGAACGUAAGGACUCAUUUAGUCAAAACCAAUUCCCUCCUUCCCCUCUCCCAUCUAUAGGUAGCCACUGUUUUGUUAUUUGGAUGAUUUGCUAACUAGUUUUGCCAGUUCUUGAACUUCACGUGAUUAGAAUUGUAUGGUACGUAGUUUUUUGUCUUUUUUUUUGUUCAAUAUUUUUUUUUAAUGCAUGUUUUAGAUGGAAGUUUACAGUGCAAUUAGUUUUUCAUUAAAAAAUUUAUACACAAAUUGUUUUGUGACAUUGGUUGCAUUAACUGGCCAUUUUUGAGUGAGAAGAAGGGUCAGGAUUAAAGCAGAAUUUACAGGGUUCACAAACAGCUCACUACAAAUCACAAGUAUCAAAUUGAGAACAGAUUUUUUAACAUAGAAUUAACACAGUAUUGUUAAUAACAUUGAAAUAAUGGUUCAUGUAUUUUUUUUUACCAACAAUAUCAUUGCCUUUAGGAACCUGUUCCCUUAACAAAGUUUUCUCUUCCAGAUGACAGCUCCUGGAAAAAGUACUAAGGCUGGUUUUACAGAUUCCUGGGAGAGAAGCAUAAUAACUGAAUUUGGUAGAGAUAAUGACUAGCACACACGUAGUCUGACAAAGUAUUUUAUGCAGUUUUAAGGUGGUGUCUGGGUGUUGUGGUUUAAUUCAAAUUUCGGGGAUUAUUAUUGUUUACAAGGACAAAGGACAGAAUAUUUAAUUCAGGGCCGGUAUGGGGAACCCUAAGACAUACAGUAGGUAUAGGCAUAGAAUGAAAUGUUAAUUAGUUGCCUAUUUUGGAAUCUGUAACACUUCAACUAUAGGAGUGGAUGAAUUUUACCUUUACACUUUUAAAUUAAAAACAAGUAUCCAAAACCAUUUAUAUAAACAAUGGGUUAACUGAAAUGCUUUAGAAGCUGGUUAUUUGGUUCACUGAGGUUUUUUAAUCCAUCUUUGUUGUUGUUUGUUACCAUGGCGUUGACUCUGACUCAUGGCGACCCUGUGUGUGCAGAGUAGAAUUGCUCCAUAGGGUUUUCAAGGCUGCGACCUUUCAGAAGCAGAUCGCCAAGCCUGUCUUAUGAGGUGCUUCCGGUUGGGUUCGAACCGCCAACCUUUUGGCUAGCAGUUGAAUGCUCAUUUAUGCCACCCAGGGACUCCGGUUAACCAUAAAGUGAUUGGAAAAGUCUUUUGUUUCAACUCUUGUUAAAAUUUCCUAAUAAGUAACGCCCAUUUUCCAGCCUCAGGAAAUUGGUCUCAUUUCAUUUUUUGAUGGUUGAAGGUUUCUUGCAAGUGACUGUAUUAGUCUCCUAGGGCUGCCAUAGGAAAUUACAAGACUGGUGGCUUAGAACAACAGAAAUUUAUUCUCUAAGUUUUGGAGGCUACAAGUUCUAAAUUAAAGUGUUGGCAGGACCAUGCUGCCUCUGUAGACUCUAGGGAAGAAUCUGUUCUGUGACACUCUCCUAACUUUUGGUUGUUUCCAGCAGUCUUUGGUGUUCUUAUUGGUGUAUCCCUCCAAUCUCUUUGUCUUCACAUGACUGUCUUCCCUCUGUGUGUGUGUCUCCUCUUCUUAUAAGGAUACUAGUCAUAUUGGAUUUAGAGCCCACACCAAUCCAGUGUGACUGCAACUAAUUAUAUCUACGAAGAUCCUAUUCCCAAAUAAGGUCACAUUCCACGGUACCAUGUAGACAUGAAUUCGGGGGGUGGGGGGGGGCAUUAUUCAGCCCAGUGCAGUGCUCCAGGAUCAUAAGACCACCAGUUGUUAAUUCUUAUUAUGGGUGUAGGCAGUAUAACAAUUUUGGCUACAUAUAUCCUAAUUAUGGACUCAAAGGGAAGGACAUUCAUUUUUUAUUACCAAGCACAGUGCCUGGCAUAGAAAAGAUACCAGUGAAUAUCUGUUGAAAUAAAUUAAGUUUGAUUUGUUUUGUUGAAUGUAUAUAAAACACCAUAUUAACUUCUGUCCAUAUAAAAGCUUUGUACAUUGAGCAUUGUAGAAAAAGACCCCGAAUUAUUAUAGCAGUAAAACUAUACUCAUGCUUUGGAAUAUUAAUUCCUGUCAUUUUUUCUUUCUCCACACCCCAAUAUACACAUGUAUGUGUACACACACUCCACUAUCCCGCUCCUCUGCCUUCCACUUCACUGAGGAUAAUCAGUUUCCAGACAACCCCUUACCUGCAGACUCAGUAGCUUACUUUCCUGGAAGAUUGCUCUGGUGGGCUCUUGGCUGGCCUGCCUUAUUUUCCUGAGCUGGUAGAAGUAAAUGUAGAAUUUCACAAAGACUAAUUUGUAUGAGGUUAUAUUUAACAUAAAUUCUAAAGGAAACGCUGCCUUUACUGAAAAAACAUUUAGUAGAAAACAGUUCUUCUAAACUACCAGUAAUAGUUGUUUGAGAAAACACUCUGAAGUAUUAAGAAUCGUAUGUUUGAAAACGCUAGAUUAAGUGCCAAAAGGAAAUAGACCAGAGUGUUAAUAAUGAUUAUCUCUGGGUAACUGAACCAAGGGUAAUUUUUAAGCUUAUAUUUUUUCAAUUUUUCUGCAACAAGCCUGUGUUUCCCUACUAAUCAGAUAAAGACUUUAAAAAAAAAAAAAAAUCUAGGUUACUCAAAAGUGAAGCUGUUGGUGAAACAACACCAGAGUGUAAGAAAGCAUUUUUAGGAUAAUCUAAAAGGCCUUAACUAGUCAAAUUAGCAGAAAAAGCUUGUUUCUGAUUACGGAUGGUCUCUCAAUUUCUUUACAAACACGAAGGACCCUUUAGCCUGCUUUACAUAAUUUUUGUGAGGUUUUUAACUUUACUGCAGAAACCCUGAGAAUUUUAAUUAUAAACAUAUAACCUACCAUCUUUGUAUAAAACCACCCACUGCCGUUAAGUCAAUUCUGGCUCAAUAGCGACUCUAUGGGACAGAGUAGAACUGCCCCAUUGGGUUUCCAAGGAGUGGCUGGUGGAUUUGAACUGCGACCUUUUAGUUAGCAGCCAAGCUCUUAACCACUGCGCCACCAGGGCUCCAAUCUUUGUAUAGGUGACACAUUUAGAUGAACAGGUGUAAGUAACUGGCACCCUGUCUUUGUGGUUUCUCCUUCAUUGCCUGGUUGAAUUUAUGGAAAUGCCAUUGUAUGUUGUGAUCACCGUAUCUGGAAGAUGUGAUAAUUCACAAUGUUUACAGCCUUAUACCCACGGAGACACUUGAUCCUCCUUCACCUCAUUAAUAGAUUACUUAAUGAAGGCAUUACCUAAUUACCAGGCUUGAAUCAGAAGUUACAGGUACUUGGCAUAAAGGCUACCUAUGAUUGUUGUUAGAGUGGUAAAGUAGAUGGAGAAUUUCAAGUUAUUUUUGGAGGCCCAAGUGGGCUCCUACAGUUACCCUUGUGAGGUGGCUGCUAGUAUUGCUGCCUUCUGUGUUACUCAGUAAACAUUUGCCGAGGACCUCCAACAUCCCUGACAUUCUGCCAGGUGCUGGGAUUACAAGAUGAAUAAGACAAGAGUCUCUGCCCUUGGGGGAAUCCAGAGUCUAGUGGAGAGAUGCAGAGCUUAAUUUUUUCAAGUGUUUAUAGGCCAGACACUGUUGGAUAUGUUACAUACGUUAUCUCCAAUUCUCAGUACAGCCCUGCUGUUCAUGUGACAGAUACUGUGUGCCAUCAUGUACUGUACCCUGGGAAUGAAGGGAAAAAGGUAGAUGGUGGAAUGCUAAUAUUACAGUUGAUUAAACCCUAGUUCAGAGAUGUUAGUAAUGUGCCCAAGAUCACAUAAGUGGUAGCAAUGGUAGCCAUUGUUUGUUUAUUACAUAAGCACUGUGCUAGGGCUUUAUAUUAUAUACAUUGUCUUACUUAGUCCUUAAAACAGCAUGUAUGGCAAGUGGAAUUCUCAUUGUAUAGAGGAUGCUGAGGCUUGGAUGCCUGAGAUCACAUAGCUAGUAAGUGGCAAAGCAGGAGCUGAAUUUAGGUUUGUCUAACAUUCUAUGCUUUUAACCACAAUGUUAUACCCUCGCAUCUCUUCGUAAGAGUAGUAGUGUUGUUAGGUGCUGUGGAGUUGAUUCCAACUCAUAGCGACCCUAUGUACAAAAGAAGAAAACACUACCCAGUUAUGUGCCAUCCUCAUGAUUGUUAUACUUGAGCACACUGUUGCAGUGACUGUGUCAAUCCGUAUCGAGGGUCUUCCUGUCUUUCGCUGACCCUUUACCAAGCAUGAUGUCUUUCUCCAGGGACUGAUCCCUUCUGAUAACAUGUCCAAAGUAUGUGAGACGAAGUCUCACCAUCCUUGCUUCUAAGGAGCAUUCUGACUGUACUUCCUCCAAAACAGAUUUGUUUGUUCUUUUUGCAGUCCAUGGUAUAUUCAGUAUUCUUCGCCAACACCGUAAUUCAAAGGCAUUGAUUCUUCUUUGGUCUUCCUUAUUCAUCAUCCGGCUUUAACAUGCAUAAGAGGUGACUGAAAACACCAUGACUUGGUUCAGGCACACUUUAGUCUUCAAGGUGACAUCUUUGCUUUUUAACACUUUAAAGAGGUCUUUUGCAGCAGAUUUGCCCAAUUCAGUGUGUCAUUUGAUUUCUUGACUGCUGCUUCUAUGGGUGUUGUCGAUCCAAGUAAAAUGAAAUCCAUGACAACUUCAAUCUUUUGUCCAUUUAUCAUGAUGUUGCUUAUUGGUCCAGUUGUGAGGAUUUUUGUUUUAUGCUGAGAUGUAAUCCAUACUGAAGGCUGUCAUCUGUGAUCUUCAUUAGUAGGUGUGUUAAGUGCUCUUCGCUUUCAGCAAGCAAGGUUGUGUCACCUGCAUAUUGCAGGUUGUUAAUGAGUCUUCCUCCAAUCCUGAUGCUCGACCCUGACACACACCUUUCCUGACUUUAAACCAUGCAGUAUCCCCUUGUUCUGUUCGAACGACCACCUCUUGAUCUAUGUACAGGUUCCUUAUGAGCACAAUUAAGUGUUCUGGAAUUCCCGUUCUUCACAGUAUCCAUAAUUAGUUAUGAUCCACACAGUCGAAUGCCUUUGCAUAGUCAAUAAAACAUAGGUAAACAUCUUUCUGCUAUUCUCUGCUUUCAGCCAGGAUCCAUCUGACAUCAGCAAUGAUAUCCCUCAUUCCACGUCCAAAUAGCUACUAUUUAUCAGGCAUCUACUGUGUGCCAGGUGUUUACAUGUAUUAUCUCAGAUUCUCACAACUACCAUGCAGUUUAAGUUGCUGGUAUCCUCUGAAACUGAGCCUCAGGAGUCAGGUAACCUGCCCAGCUGGUGAGUGGUUGUAGAAUCAGAUCUGUCUGGCUUCUGAGCCUCUACUCUUUCCAAGGUACCACCAUUCUUCUCCUCUUUCUAAUAUUUGAGUCUGGUAAUUUCUCUUUGGCAGUUAGACUCAUCCUAACUUAUUUUUAAAUUCCUCUUGAGGUGAAGCUCUGAGUGGUGUAAUGUGUUAUCUUCAGAUUUGAUCUGGCUUUGCUUUUGAACCAGUCAGCUAUUAACUCUUGUGAACAGGCCUUUCCUUUCCUUUGUUAACAAUUUUAGUGCUCGAUCUCUGAGCUGUGGCUGCUGUAAGCCUUCUCCUCUCCCCUGGGAACCUCAUCACCCCAUGUACUCUGUGUAGGCCUUAUCUUAUCUCCUGUAACAUGAGGAGAGGGCAGUCCAGCAGAAGCCUGUCAUAUACAGCAGAAUUUCACUACAGCUGGUCUCUGCCAUCUCCUCUCACGACCACACACCUGUACUGCUGUCUGCAUCCCCUUGUCCCUUCUCUCUCCCCUCCACCCACACUGGCACCUUCUUUUAGUGCUACCACAACUUGAAAAAACUGCUUGAGCUGCCCAGUUUCCUCUCCUCUUUUAGACUAACGUGUGUAUAAAGUGUUUAGACCUGCUAUCUCUAUUUUUUCCUCCCUGUAAAGCAGGUUACAAAGCAAUAAAAAACAAAACAAAAAAACCUGUUGCUGUCGAGUUGAUUCCAACUCAGCAACCCUAUAGGGCAGAGUAGAACUGCCUCACAGGGUUUCCGAGGAACGGCUGGUGGAUUCGAACUGCUGACCUUUUGGUUAGUAGCCAAGCUCUUAACCACUGCACUGCCAGGGCUCCUACAAAGCAAUAUAUAGUAUAAAUUCCAUUUUUAUAAAACAUCUAUUUGCAUAGAAAUGUCUAGAAGGAUAUACCUCAAAAUGAUAAAACAGGCUGUCUCUAGGUGGUAUAUUUCAGGUGAAGAUUUUUAUCUCUAUUUUGUACCUCUUCUGUGGUGAACAUGUAUUACCUAUGUAACCAAACCAAACCUAGUGCCGUCGAGUCAAUUCCGACUCAUAGCAACCUAUGUAACAGAGGAGAAAAAAUAACCUUUUUCUUGUUUAUUAAAGUAAUACAUGCUGGCCGUAUGAACCUCUCAUAAAUUAUAGAACAGUACAAGAAAACAAAUUACUUGCAAUCCCAUAGUCCAGAAUUAGCCACUGUUAAUAUUUUGGAGCAUUAUCUUUUAGCUUGUGUAUAUAAAUAAACACAUUUUUAAUACUAAGAUUAUAUCACAAUUUUGUAACCUUGAUUUCUCCAGGUCAAGUGAUGUCUUUGUGCAAGCACAAAAUUUAAAUGGCUGCAUAAUAUGACACAGUUAUACCAUGACUUGUUCAACCACUGUAUGUUUGUGUUGCUUCAAAUUUAUUUUAGGAUUACCUGUGACCGAUGCCAAUUAACUGGAUAGAUCAAUUCUAUCCAUAUUUCUUAUUAUUUGUGAUAGAUAGCCAGAAGUAAAAUCAGGGAGUCAAAGGGGAAAAAUUCAGGCAAUUGCUGUGUAUUGUCAAGUUACUUUCCAGGGAGGUUUUGCUACCAGCAAUGUCUGAAAGUGCUUGUGUUAGAGCACAGUCAGGCCCUAGAAAGAGUGAGGUGUUUUUGUAAUGUGCUUCCUCUGUGAGAAAGCAGUUAAGACACUUCAUUUUAAUUGUAUCUGUCUUCCCUACUAGGGCCAAUUAUCCCAUCUUUGUUCACCAGUAUUCAAUAAUGGUUAAUGUAAGUAGAAAUGCAAACAUUUACUGGAUUAAUAUUCUAAAAAAUUUCUGCCAAUUUAAUAAGCAAAUCUGUUUUUGGAUGUUGCUUUUUAAAAACCUGCUUUAUUGAAGUAUAAUUUAUAUACUAUAGAAUUCACCAAUUUUAACUGUCACAGUUCAAUGUGCUUUAGUAAAAUUAAAAAAUUGCACAACUGUCACCACAAUCCAAUUUAGAACAGUUUCAUCUCCUCAUUUGCCCCUCCUGUCCCUUACGCUUGUUCGCAUUCAGUCACCACACCCAUCCUGGAACUACGCAACCAACGAUGGUCUGCUUUCUUGGUUCUAUAAUUUUGCCUUUUCUAAAAAUUUCAUAUAAAUGGAAUCAUAUAAUAUGUAGCCUUUAGUGUCUUUCACGUAGAAUGAUGUUUCCGAGAGAUUUAUACAUGUUGUAUGUAUUUGUACUUCAUUCCUUUUUUUCCCUUUUAUUUACCGAAAUGUAGUUCACAUACAAUAAAUGUUUCACACUCUAAGUAUACAAUAAAUUUUGACUCUUGUAUAUACCGGUGAAAUCAUCACAAAAUAAGAUAAUGAAAAUAUCUACCCCCCUCCCCCAGGUAUUUCUGUAAGCUCUCUAUGGUAAUUUUUUUUACAGAAACAUGCGGAAAGAAGAUAAGCAUAGUGGUGCUUGUGAGGGUGCCUGGGGGGGCGUGGUCAGCAAACAGAAUGUGGUACACAUGUCAGUUUCAAAAAUUUACACAUGUACAAUUCAGUGACAUUGAUUCCAUUCUUCAUGUCGUACAACCAUUAUCACUAUCUUUUUCUCAAUUACUCCAUCACAAUUAACAGGUCUCUGUGCCCCCUAAGCAGUAACUCCUCCUUUCUGUUCCCUUACCAUUGUAACCACCAAUAAGCUAUGGCUUCAUAUAUUUGCCUUUUUCAUGUAAGUAUUUGUCCUUAUGUUACUUAUUUGACUCUGCAUAAUGUGUUCGAGGUUCACCCAUGUUGUGGCACGUGUCAGGACUUUAUUCCUCUUUAUGGCUGUGUAAUAUUCCCUCGUAUGUAUAUAUUACAUUUUAUGUAUCCAGUCAUUUGUUGAUGGACAUUUAGGUUGUUUCCACCUUUUGUUUAUUGUGAAUAGAGCUGCAAUGAACAUUGGUGUACAGGUUUCUGUUUAUAUUCCUGCUCUCAAUUCUUUCGGGUAUAUACUUAGGAUUGGGAUUGCUGGGUCAUGUGGUAGUUCUAUGUUUAGCUUUUUGAGGAAUCUCAAAACUUUUGCACAGUGGCUGCAGCAUUUUGCAUUCCCACUAGCAGUGGAUGAGGGUUCCAGUUUCUCCACAUUCUAAUCAACACCUGUUAUUUUAUUUUGAUCAUGGCCAUUCUAGUAAAGGUAAGGUGGUAUCUCAUUGUGGUUUUUAUUUGCAUCUCCCUAAUGGCUAAUGACGUUGAGCAUCUUUUCACGUGCUUGUUGGCUAUUUGUAUAUUCUCUUUGGUGAAACGUCUAUUCAAGUCUUUUGCCCAUUUUUCAACCAGGUUGUUUGUCUUUUUGUUGUUAGAUUGCAGGUGUUCUUAUAUAUAUUCUGGGUAUUAAACCUUUAUCAGUUCCCCAAAACUUUCUUCCAUUUUGUAGGUUGUCUCUUCACUUUGUUGAUACUCAUUGCAGUUUUAAUUUGUAUAUUCCUAAUGUCUGGUGACGUAGAGCAUAUUUUCUUUUUUUUUAAAAAAAAUUUUAUUGUACUUUAGAUGAAGGUUUACAGAACUAGUUUCUCAUCAAACAGUACACAAAUUGUUCUAUGACACUCAUUAAUAACCCCAUGACAUGUCAAUGCUUUCGCUUCUCAACCCUGGGUUCCCUAUUACCAGGCUUUCCUGUUCCCUCCUGCCUUUUAGUCCCUGCCCCAGGGCUGGUGUGCCCCUUUAGUCUUGUUUUGUUCCAAGGGCCUGUUCAAACUUUGGCUAAAGGGUGAACCUCAGGAGUGGCCUCAUUACUGAGCUGAAAGGGUGUCCAGGGGCCAUACUCUCAGGGCUUCUCCAGUCUCUCAGGCCACCUAGUCUGGUCUUUGUUUUUGAGUUAGAACGUUGUUCUACAUUCUUCUCCAACUCUGUCCAAGAUCCUCUAUUGUGAUCCCUGUCAGAGCAGUCAGUAGUGGUAGCCAGGCACCAUCUAGUUGUACUUGGACUCAGUCUGAUGGAGGCUGUGUUAGAUGUGGUCCAUUAGAUGUAGAGCAUAUUUUCAUAUACUAUUUGCUAUUUGUAUCUUAUUUAAUGAAAUGUUUAUUCAAAUUUUUGCCCAUUAAAAAAUAUUAUUAGUCUUAAUUAUUGAGUUGUAAGAGUUUUUGUUUUUUUUAAAUAUAUUCUGGAUAUGAGUCUUUUAUCAGAAUGUUUUAGACAUUUUCUCCCUGUCUUUUCAUUUAAUUGUGUCUUUUGAAGAGCAAUAGUUUUCAAUUUUGAAGGAAGUCCAAUUUAUAAAUUUUUUUACACUCAUGCAUAAUCCAAGGUCACAAAGGGUUUCUCCUAUGUUUUAUUCUGCAGUUUUAGAGCUAAUAUUUAGGUUAUUAUCUAUUUUUGCAUAUGAUGCAAGGUAUGGAUUGAAGUUCUGUUCUUUUUUUUGCACAGGGUUAUCAAUUAUUACAGUAUCAUUUUUGAAAAGAUUAUCCUUUCCACUUCUGUUGAAAAUUAAUUUAUCCAUAUAUAUGAGAGAGUCUACUUCUGGAGUGUUUAUUCUGUUUCAUUUAUUUAUGUUUAUACUUACACCAAUACUACAGUGUCUUCAUUGUUUGUUUUAUUAUAAAUUAUGAAAUCAGGGAGUGUAAGUCCUUCAACUUUUUUUUUUAAAGUGUUUCGGCUUUUCUAGGUACAUUUAUAUAUAAAUUUCAGGAUUAGCUUGCCAAUUUCUAGAACAAAAACCUGCUGGGACUUUAAUAGGGAUUGGGUUAAGUCUGUAGAUCAAUUUGGGGAGCACUGAUACUUUAACAAUACGGAGCCUUCCACUUCUUCUAUUUAUUUAGGUCUUUAAUUUCUCUCAGCACUGUUUUGUAGUUUUUAGUGUAGAGGUAUUAUACACUGGUUUUUGUAUAUUGAGGUAUUAUACACUGAUUUUUGUAUACUGAGCUUACAUCCUGAGACCCUGAUAAGUUAUUAGUUCUAGUAGCUUUUUGAUAGAUUUCUUUGGACUUUCUAUUUAUGCAAUCCCAAUGUCUGUGAAACAGUUUUACUUCUUCCUUUCCAUUCUGGAUGCCUUUAGUGUUUUUUUUUUUUUUUUGCCUUACUGAACUAGAUAUGACCUCCAGGUACAAUGCUGAAUAGAAAUAGUGAGAGUGGACAUUCUUCUCUUGUUCCUGAUCAUAUGCGGAAGGCAUUCCAUUUUCACCAUAAGUAUGUCAACUCUAGAUUUUUUGUAGAUUCCCUUUUUAUCAGGUUGAAGAAGUUCCCUUCUUUCCUUACUCGGGUGAGAAUUUUUUUUUUUAAAUCAUUUUUGGGUAUUGAAUUUUGUCAAAUGUUUUAUUUUUUUUGGGUCUAUUGAGAUAAUCAUGUUGUUUUUUGCCCUGUAUCCUAUUUAUAUGGUGUAUUGUUGUUAGGUGCUGUCAAGUUUGUUCCAAACGAAACACUGCGUGGUCCCAUGUCAUCCUUACAAUCAUUGUUAUGCUUGAGCCCACUGUUGCAACCACUGUAUCGAUCCAUCUCAUUGAGGGUUUUCCUGUCUUUCACUGACCCUCUACUUUACCAAGCAGGAUGUCCUUCUCCAGGGAUUGGUCCCUCCUGAUAACAUGUCCUAAGUACCUGAGACGAAGUCUCGCCAUUCACGCUUCCAAGGAGCAUUCUGGGUAUACUUCUUCCGAGACAGAAUUCGUUCUCCUGGCAGUCCAUGGUACAUUCAAUAUUCUCUGCCAAAACCAUAAUUCAAAGGUAUCAAUUCUUCUUUGGUCUUCCUUAUUCAUUGUCCAGUUUUUCCAUGUAUAUGGGGCAAUUAAAAAUAUCAUGGCUUGGGGUCAAAUGCACCUUAGUCCUCACAGUGACAUCUUUGCUUUUUACAUUUUAAAGAGGUCUUUUACAGCAGAUUUGCCUAAUGCAAUGCGACAUUUGAUUUCCUGACUGAUGCUUCCAUGGGCAUUGACUGUGGAUCCACGUAAAAUGAAAUCCUUGACAACUUGAAUGUCUUCUCCGUUUAUCAUGAAGUUGCUUAUUAGUCCAGUUGUGAGGAUUUUUGUUUUCUUUAUGUUGAGGUAUAAUCCAUACUGAAGGCUGUAAUCUUAAUCUUCAUCAGUAAGUGCUUCAAGUCCUCUUCGCUUUCAGUGAGCAAGAUUGUGUCAUCUGCAUAUCGCAGGUUUUUAAUGAGUUUUUGUCGUACUUCAUAUAGUCCAGCUUCUUGGAUUAUUUGCUCAGCAUACAGAUUGAAUAAGUAUGGUGAAAGGCUACAACCUUGAUGCAACCUUUUCUGAUUUUAAACUACACAGUAUCUUUUUGUUCUGUUCAAACAACUACCUGUUGGUCUAUGUACAGGAACCCCAUGAGCACAAUUAAGUGUUCUGGAAUUCCCAUCUUUGCAGUGUUUUCCAUAAUUAGUUAUAACCCACACAGUUGAAUGCCUUUGUGUAGUCAACAGAACACAGGUUAACAUCUUUCUGAUAUUCUCUACUUUCAGCUAAGAUCCAUCUGACAUCAGCAAUGAUAUCCCUCAUACCAUGUCUUCUUCUGAAUCUGGCUUGAAUUUCUGGCCUUGUUGAUGUAUUACAGCAACCAUUUUUUAAUUAUCUUCGGCAAAAUUUCACUUGUGUGUGAUAUUAAUGAUAUUGUUCGAUAUUUUCUACAUUCUGUUGGAUCACCUUUCUUUGGAAUGGGCACAAAUGUGGAUCUCUUCCAGUUGGUUGGCCAGGUAGCUGUCUUCCAAAUUUCUUGGCAUAGACAAGUGAGUGCUUCCAGUGUUGCAGUCAAUUGUUGAAACAUCUCAAUUGGUAUUCUGUCAAUUCCUGGAUUCUUGUUUUUUGCCAAUGCCUUCAACGGAGCUUGGACUUUUUCCUUCAAUUCCAUUGGUUCUUAAUCAUAUACUACCUCCUGAAAUGGUUGAAUAUCAACCAAUUCUUUUUGGUACAGUAACUCUGUGUUGUUCCUUUUUUUUUCUUCCAUCUUCUUUUGAUACUUUCUGCAUCAUUUACUAUUUUGCCCAUAGCAUCCUUCAAUAUUGCAACUUGAGGCUUGAAUUUCUUCUUCAUUUCUUUCAAGUUGAGAACUGCCAAGCAUGUUCUUUCCUUUUGGUAUUCUAUCUCCAAGUCUUUGCACAUUUCUUUAUAAUAUUUUACUUUGCCUCCUUGAGCCAUCCUUUGAAAUCUUCUAUUCAGCUCUUUCACUUCAUCAUUUCUUCUGUUUGUUUUAGCUGCUCUACAUUCCAGAGGAAGUUUUAGAGUAUCUUCUGACAUCCAUCCAUUUUGGUCUUUUUUUUUUUCUUUCCUGUCUUUUCACUGACCUUUUGUAUUCUUCAUGUAUCAUGUUCUUAAUGUUAUCCCUCAACUCAUCUGGUCUUUGAUCAUUAGUGUUCAAAGCCUCAAAUCUAUUCUUUAGAUGACCUCUAAAUUCAAGUAGGAUAUACUCAAGGUUGUACUUUGGCUCUCCUGGACUUUAGUUUUCUUCAUCUUCAACUUGAAACAUGCAAACGAGCAACUGAUGGUCUGUUCUGCAACUGGCCCCUAGUCUUGUUCUGACUGAUGACCGAGCGUCUCCAUUGUGUCUUUCCACAGAUGUAGUCUAUUUAUUUCUGUGUGUUGCAUCCAGUGAGGUCCAUGUGUAUAUAGUUGCUGUUUAUAUUGUUGAAAAAAGGUAUUUGCAAUGAAAAAGUCACUGGUCUUGCAGAAUUCUAUCAUGUGAUCUUUGGUGUCAUUUCUGUCACCAAGGCCAUAUUUUCCAACUACUGAUUUAUUGAUUUUCCAAUGUUAAACUAACCUUUCAUUCUGUGAUAAACUCCACCCCACCUAGUCUUGGUGUAUAACUGUUUAUAUGUUGCUAGAUUUGAUAUGCUAAUAUUUUACAAGAAGUUUUGUAUCAGUGUUCAUGAGGGAUAUUGGUUUGAAUUUUUAUUUCUUGUUUUAUAAUUGUUUCGCUUUGGUAUCGGGGUAAUAUUGACUUUAUAAAAUGAUUCUGGAAGUGUUCCCUUCUACUACUCCUUUCUGAGAGUUACUUGUCAAAGAUUGAUAUUUUUACUUUAAAUAUGUAACAGAAUUCACCAGUGAAGCCAUCUGGACCUGGACUUUUCUUUUGAGGAAAACUACUAAUGACUAAUUCAGUAUCUUUAUUUUCUAUAAGUCUAUUCUGAUUUUCCAUUUCUUCUUCUGUCAGUUUUGGUAAUUUGAAUUUUUCUAGGAAUUUGUCCCAUUUUCAUCUGUGUUGCAAAAUUUAUUGGGAUAAAGUUGUUCAUAACAUUCUCUUUAUAAUGCUUUUAAUUUCUGUAGGGUCUACAGUGAUAGCUAAGGAUUUAUCCAUUUUUCCCCCCAUCUUUCUGAAGAAAAUAUUUAGUUUGACCAAUUCUUUUCUACUGUUUCUAUGUCAUGGAUUUCCACUCUAUAUUAUUUCCUUCUAUUACUUUGUUCUUCUUUUUCUAGCUUUUUGAAUUGGAAGCUUAUAUUUGAUGUUUGACCUUUCUAAGCUAUAAAAAUCCCUUUAAGGGCUGCUUUAAUUGCAUCCAUGUAUUUUCAUACGUUCUUAUAUUUUUAUUGAUUUUAAGAUAUUUUUUAAAUUUCCCCUUUUGCCCAUUAGUUUUUAGAAGUGUGCUAUUUAAUGUCCAGAUAUUUUGGGAUUUCCAGAUUUCUUCCUGUUGUUGAUUUCUAAUGUAACUCCAUUAUGGUCAGACAACAUAUUUUAUAUUACUCAAGUCUUAUUUUAUCGAACCUACCAGGUCUUGUCUUAGUGCCCCAACAUAUGGUCUGUCUUGAAGUACCAUGUGUACUUAAAAAAAAAGAGUGUAUUUUGUUUUGUGGAGUUUUUCUAAAUGUUAAGUCAAUUACUUUGAUAGAGUUCAAGUUUUCUGCUGCCUUACUGAUUAUCCGUCUCGUUGUUCCAUUGAUUACUAACAGAGAUGUGUUGAAAUCUCUAACUACGAUCAUUGAAUUGUCUGUCUUUUCAAGUUAGCAUCUUUUGUUUCAUGUAUUUUGUGGCUCCAUUAUGUACAUACACAUUUAACCCUUUUAUUACCAAAUUUAUUAAAAAAAUUUUUUUGGAUGGCAUGUGCUUUCAGUAUUGGAAUGCAUGCGUACUAACUGAGUGUGUUUAAAUUUUUGGUUGGUAGUAUCAACUUUGAGAAAUACUAUCUGGCAAUACAAUCUUCCAAUGAGACUAGUGGCACUGUAGUGCCACCAACUGUGGUAUGACGGUAUGCCAAUUGGAACUAGAGGCACCUUUUCUAAACAAACCUAUCAGGGUUCUCUAACUAUCACACAAUAAAGCCAUAAUUAUGCUUGCAAGCCUUAUUUCACAGAAAUAAAAGAGAAAAAAGGCAAAAGUUUACAAAACUAAAUUCUAUCCAGGAAGAAUCACCUGAUAGAAUGCUCAACCUAUGCAACAAUAAGGCUCCAACUCCUGGUCUGCUGAGCUUCAUGCAAUUCAAAAGAGAUCCAUCUUGACCUCUAAAUGCAUUAGAACCAGAAUAAUGCCUUGCCAAUGAGGUCUAGAGGCAUAAAAAGUGUCUGGCAAACCAUUUAUGCCAAUGGUAACGCAAAGAUUUAAAAAUUGUUAUAUUUGGCUAUUGCACUUUAACUGUUGAUGAAGUGGGAUUUUUUCAUGUGUAUUUCCUGGGUGAGUUUUCUACUUUUUGACUGUCUUAGAAUUGGGUAUUAUUCAUGUUUUUACUAUUGAUUUUAAAUAACCAUAGUUAUGAAAGAAUAACAUUGGCCCUUGGUCACAUGAUACAACCCACUUUGCCUUUUAAUUGUGGUAAAGAAUUUGUGACUUUUAAAAUGAACUCAAAUCUAAAGGUUAUUUCCUUUUAAAUUUCUCCCACUACUAAUAUGCUUUCAAAGUCUGUUUAUUUGCAUUCAGACAUUAGUUUCAUAUGUACUUUCUUGCCCCACCCAUAGAGAGUCAAUUUUUUACUGACCAAUCUUUUUCUGAUACAUUCAAGAUGCCAUCUUAUCAUAUACUACAUUGCCGGGCAUACAUUUUACACUAUGGCAUGCAUAGCCUAUUGAGUUUAAUUAUAAUGGCUUUAUAGUCCACAGCUCACACUUUCCACCAUACCUUUUUUUCUUUUCAAAAGUCAUUGUUAUUCUUGGGUAUUUAUUGUUCCAUGUGAGUUUUAAAAUUAGCUUGUAAAGUUCCACAAAAUAUUUUGGCAGAUGAUAUUAAAUUAGCAAAUUAAUUUUAGAAGAGAAUUCACUUCUUUAUAUUAUUGAGUGGUUUUAUCUAUGGCAUGGUAACAAGUCUUUAUAUAUCUUUUGGUGAAAUUUUAUAGUUUUCUUCGUACGUAUUUUUAAGUCACUUCUUUUUUCUUUAUAAAGAAUCUUUUAUUAUAUAUUAAGCUGGCUAUUUCUGGGGAGUAAGAUUAAUAUCUUUGUCAGAUAAGGAGGUGCUCUUUGUAGUUUGCUUAAUUUUAAGACUUUUUUCUCCAAACUAGAAAAUAAAAAUUUAUCAGGUGCUUUCAAAAAAUCAAUUUAAUUUUAUAAUCUUUCACCUUCAAUAUAUUAGUAACAGAUUUUGUAAGGUUGAACCAUUGUUGCAGUCUUGGGAUAAAACCCACUUGCUUAUGAUGUAUUCUUUUAUAUACUGAUGGAUUUGACUGUGGCUCAGUUUUCAUACUGUAAAAUGGAGAUGUGAGUAUUAAUAGGUAUUUUUUGUUACCAUCCAGUGAGUUACUUAGAACAGUGCUUGGCACAUAGUAUGCUCUGUGUGUAUGUAAAUUAAUAAAGUAUUAAAUUAUAAAUUAAAAAUAUAACAUACAUUUUAAAUAAAAUUUUUAAAUUUCUUUCUUCUGUGUGAGUUAUUUGGAUCUAUUUUUCAUCCAUCUUGAGCGGACAGCUUGAAUCAUUUGUUUCAGUCUACAAGUUACAAACUUUCCUUUGUCCAUAUCUGGUAGAUUGUAAUAAAUGUAAUGCUUUGUUCUGAAAAGAUUGUAAUUUCUAGUUUGAUUUCCUCUUUAGGUUGAAAGUUAUAAUUUCUAUGUGUUUUUAAUUUCCAGAUAUGUGUAUUUUUUGCUAUGUUUCUUUUAAAUUCAGGUUGCAUUUUAAAUGGGAUAUGUGGCCUCUAUGUGAGUAAUAAAAAAAAAAUGUGUUUUCCUUUAGGCCUUAAUAAAUAGGAAUUUUUGUGGUGGUUUAAUGUGUAUUUGUUGGGUACCAAGUAUACUUUUGAAUAUCUCUAUAUUUUUUUAUGAGAUCAACCUACUAAUUGUGUUUUUGUGCUUUUUCUUUUUGUCCCCUUUUUUUUUACUUUGGUGGAAAUCGGUCCCUUUAUCUAUAGUAUUCUCCUUGUGGCCGUAUUUUCCAAUUUUCCUUGGGAAAACAUACGGUUUAGAUGGACUUGACUCCUGUCAAAGCUUAGUUCUAGGCCUGACCGGUCAAAGCAUGAACCCAAACCAAGCUAGUCGGAGCCAAAGUAACACAAAUCCUGGGUUUUUGUUGAAACUUGGGGGAAAGGGAUUUUCUUUGUCGGGAUUUGAUACUACUAAGUGAUUAUCUUGCCACCACAUAAGAAAAACGUGCUGAAGAGUGAAAGCAACACAAAGAAAUGCAUAUCUAACACAGAACAGAUAAAGCCCUACUUUUAUAAUUUUGAGUUCUAUAAUACCUUCCUUUUUUGAUUAUGCUUUUUGUUUGUUUAUGCCAAUUAGAGUUGAGUUUUGGUCACUUGCCACCAAGAAUAUACUGAUUAACACACUUGUCUUUUAGUAGAUUAAGUUUUCUUUUCUCAGCCCUUUUCCAAUUAAUAAUCUACUGUCUUUUUUUCUAAAACUGAUUUGAAAGUUUUUCAUUUGAUUUUUUUUCUUUUAGUGAUUGACCUUAAGUUUUCAACAGACGAACUCUAGCCAUUUGUAGAGAAAUACACAUUUACUUUUGUCUAUAUUCUCCACUCUAAUAAAGAACCAUAGCUUAUUAUUCCAACUCUGUUUUGUCCUCUUAUGUUAACAGUAUCUGUGAUCAACAGUUACACACUAUUAAUAAGGAAUUUUACUUAUUUUGUUCCUUAUGAUUGUUUCUUGCAUCUCACUAUUCCCUUAGGAUUCGUUUCCCUUCUUGCUGAAGAAUAUAUCCUUUAGUAUUUCUUUCAGACAGAGAUGGUCUGCAGGUGGUACACUUUUGGCAUCUCUGAAUGUCUGAAAAUAUCUUUACCUGACCCUUACAUUUGAAUAAGAAUAUACUUACAAGUCGUUAUUUUCUUUACAUUACUUAGAUGAUAUUGUUCUUUUUUAAAUUGUGCUUUAGAUCAAGGUUUAUAGAGCAAAUUAGUUUCUCAUUAAACAAUUGAUACACAUAUUAUUUUGUAUAUUAACAUUGGUUGCCAACCCUGUGAUGUGUCAACACUCUCCGCUUCUCAACCUUGGGUUCCCCAUUUCCAUUCGUCCAGCUUUCCCGUCCCCUCCUGCCUUCUCGUCCUGGCUCCUGGGCUGAUGUACCCAUUUAGUAUCUUGUAUAUACAGUUGAGCUAUGUGUAUUAUUGUUUGUUUUAUGGGCCUGUCUAAACUUUGGCUGAAGGGUGAACCUUAGGAGUAACCUCAGUACUGAGUUAAAAAGGUAUCCGGGGGCCAUACUCUCGGGGUUUCUCCACUCUAUGUCAGAACAGUAAGUCUAGUCCUUUUUUGUGUUCCAUUUCUUUUUAUGUUCACUUUGUGGAUAACCGAAGUCCUGAUGGCGCAGUGGUUGAGAGUUAUGGCUUCUAACUAAAAGGUCAGUAGUUCGAAUCCACCAGCUGCUGCUUGGAAACUAUGGGGGCAGUUCUACUUUGUCCUGUAGGGUCGCGAUGAGUUGGAAUCAACUCGAUGGCGAUGGGUUUUUUGUGGAUAAUCUGUUUUUUCUUUCUGGUAGAUUUUAAGUUCUUUAUCUUUUAUGUUCUGAAAUUUCACUCUGAUGUAGGGGUCAACAAACUAUUGUAUGUGGGCCAAAUCUGGCUCACUGCCUCUUUUUGUGUACCCAGUGAACUAAGAAUGGUUUUACAUUAUUAAAUUUGAAAAAAAAAAAAAAAAUCAAAAGAUUUCAUAACGUGAAGAUGUUAUGAAAUUCAAACUUCAGUGUUAUUAAAGUUUUAUUGGAACACAGAUAUGUUCAUUUACAUACUGUCUAUGGUUCCUUUCAUGCCACAAUGGCAGAGCUGAGUAGUUGUGAAAGAGUUGUGAUAGAAACCCAUAAAAUCUAAAAUAUUUACUAGUUGGCAGGAAAACAUCCGCUGAUUCCUGUGUAUUUUUUUGUUUAAAUGGGUACAAUUUUGGGAAUUACUAGGCUAUUUUUUCCACUGCUUUCUAAGAGGAUUUCUUAUCCCGAUGUCCCAAUCAAUUAGUUAAUUUUAGCUGUUAUCAUUUUAUUAUUUAGCCGAAUGAUUAAAUUUUUCAUUUCAAAAAUAUUUUUAUUUACAAGAAACUGACUAGUCUUACUUGAGGAAUAUGAUACAUUCUGUUAUCUCUCUGAGAAGAAAAAAGAUAAUAAUUUCAAAGUCUUUUUCUGAUUACCGUAUUAACGGCUUCCAAGGGUGUGAGUUCUUCCAUUUAUAGUGUAUGUUAUUGGUAAUUCUCAAAAGGUUAGUUUCUUAGGCUGGGUUCUCUAGAGAAGCAAACCAGUAAAGCGUGUGUGUGUGUGUGAUCACAUUUAUAUCAAGGAAAUGGCUCAUGCGGUUGUAGAGGCUGUAAUGUCCCAAGUCUGUGGAUCAGCAAAGACUUCUCUUGAUUCCCAUAGCCACAGGGGCUGGCGAACCCAAGAUCAGUAGGCUAGAGAGCAGGGCUGUUGCUCACGGGCUAUGAAAAUCAACGAAUACCUAGACUGGCAGAGAAGACUGCAGCUAGCGGGUAAGCUGUAGCUCAAGUCCCAAGAACCAGAGGUCAGAUGAACAGGAGCCAGCUGCAGGAUCCAGAACAAGCAAAAGCCCUGGCAAGGAGAAAAGGAAGAGCUAGGUGGUGGAGGGUGAAGAGGUGAAGGCUGAGGGCGGUGGUGAGCUCCCACAAGCCCCGCCCCUGCAGCGACAUGAUCACAACAUUACAUGACUACCAAAACACUGAGAAUCACAGCCUAGCCAAGCUGACACACAACCUUAACCAUCACAGUCCGCCCUCUGUCAACUCUGAACCUGUACACAUCUCCUUAAACCAUCCAUAAUCCCUGAAUAAAGACAAUUAUAGAAUUAUACUUGGGGCUAACAUGAUACAACGAACACACAUACAACUGAAAAUCUAAUAGCCCUGUUUAUACCUUAUAUAAGUGAAGAAAACAAAAAUAUUUGAUGCACACAAAGCAGAAAUACUCAUAUAACAAUUACCAUCCUCGUUUCUGCAACUGGUCACGUGGCUGUAAGUGGUAUUUAGAACUACCUUCUUCCACCACCCACUCCGUUAUUCCCUUUGUUCUCAGCAAGCACUUCAGCUGGUUGUGGUUCUUUGCCUGGUGGGGUGACCCAAACCUUCAUUCCUGAAGGGUCUGGGACAUUAGUAGUCAUAUCAGAAUUGGGUUGCUGUAGUUUUCCACUGACUUUAAUCAUAGGGCAUGGUAGUACUAAGAGACACCCUAAAGGAUCUCCUGCAUUCUAGACAUACUCUACCUCCAUUAUGUAAUAUCAAUCUGAUUUCCUCUUGGUAAUCAGGAUCAAUUAUACCAACCAAUAUGGUAACUCCCUUCUUUGCCUGUUGAUCCAGAGGCAUAAGGAGCCCAAGGUAGCCAGGUGGCAUUCUUAACUUCCAGUUUAAUGGAAUCAGUGAUGUGUCUCCAGAUGGGAGCAUUCCUCCCUUUGGAAUUAAGACCUCAAGAGCAUAAGGUCACAGGGACAGGAAUGAAAAUCUUGCUAGUGGGUCACUAGGGGUAAUAGUGGUGCCACUCCCAUUUCCACCCCUUGAUUCCUGGAUUAUGAAUCCUGACUAUGGGAGAUACAGCACCAUACACUGGAUGCUAGUUUAGAGCAUAUACAGCCCCAAUGCUGCAAAGUAUUGCCUCCUCACUGGUGCCCUAAUUGUGUCUUUAGGAGGCCAUUACAUUGUUCUAUCAAGCCAGGUGCUUUGGGAUGAUGGGGAUCAUGGUAAGACCAGUGAAUUCUGUGAGCACGGGCCCACUGCCACACUUCAUUUGCUGUGAAGUGAGUCCCUUGAUCCAAGUCAAUGCUGUGUGGGAAACCAUGAUGGUGGAUAAGGCAUUCUGUAAGUCCACAGAUGGUAGUUUUGGCAGAAGCAUUAUGUGCAGGAAAGGUAAAUCCAUAUCCAGAGUAAGUAUCUAUUCCAGGAAGAACAAAAUGCUGCCGUUUCCAUGAUGCAAGUUGUCCAGUGUAAUCAAUUUGCCACCAGGCUGCUGGGCCCAUGCAUAACCUCCAUCCCUGCCACCAUGGCUACUGUGUUCAUGAGUCCAUUGAGCAACAACAGGAAUAUAUGGGGAGAGAGGAUGAGUGGCUUCCACAAAAUAUGUCAUCCUCUCCACCUGACUGUUUAAAAUCCUCCUCUGCUGAGGCCACCCUUUGGUAAGCAUUCAUAUGAGACACAAAUAUCUUCACUUCUUUGACCCAUUCAUAGAGGUUUAUCCACAUACCUCUUCCCCAUAAAGCCUUGUCUCCAAUUUUCCAACCAUGUUCCUUCCAAUUCCCUGACCAUCCAGCCAAACCACUGGCCACAGCCCAUCAAUCAGUAUACAGUUGCACAUCUGGCCAUUUCUCCUUCCAAGCGAAGUGAAGAACCAGGUGCACCACUUGAAGUUCUGCUUAUCAGGAGGAGUUCCCUUCAACACUGUCCUUCGGGGAGGUCCCAGAAAGGGGCUGUAGCGCUGCCACUGUCCACUUUUGAGUGGUGUCUGCAUAUUGUGCAGAACUAUCUGUAAACCAGGCAGGAGUUUUCUCUUCUUCAGUCAACUGAUCAUGUGGAACUCCCCAUGAGGUCACAGGUGCAGACAGGAGAUGGAAAGUAAGGUGACAGGAGUGGAGACCAUGGGCAUGUGGCCACUUCCUCAUGCAACUUGUGCCUUCAGGUCCUGCUGGGACCCGAUCUUGUAUAUACCACUUCCCUUUAAUGAUGGAGUGCUGCUAUGCACAUCCAACUUUAUGACUCUGUGGGUCAGACAACACUCAGUUCAUGAUGGGCAGCUCAUGCCGCGUGGUAAUUUGGUUUCCCAUAGUUAAGAGUUUAGUCUCUAUUAUGGCCCAGUAACAAGCCAAAAAACUGUUUCUCAAAAGGACAGUGGUUAUCUGUAGAGGAUGGCAGGGCUUUGCUCCAAAAUCCUAAGAGUUUUGAGCUGUGAUUCACCAAGAGGGGCCUGCCAAAGACACCAAACAGCAUCUCUAUCUGCCACGGACACUUCGAGCACCACUGGAUCAGCUGGAUCAUAUGGCUUAAAUGGCAGAGCAGCUUGCAUGGCAGCCUGAACCUGUAGCAGAGCCUUCUCUUAUUCUGGGCCCCGUUCAAAACUAGCAGCUUUUGGAGUCACUUGCCAAACAGGCUGGAGUAGCACACCCAAAUGAGGAAUAUGUUGCCUCCAAAAUCCAAAGAGGCCCACUAGGUGUUGUGCCUCCUUUUUAGUUGUGGAAGGGGCCAGAUGCAAUAACUUUUCCUUCACUUUAGAAGGAAUAUCUAGACAUGCUCCACACAAUUGGACCCCUAGAAGUUUCACAGAGGUGUAAGGUGCUUGAAUUUUUGUGGAAUUAAUUUCCUUCUCACUAGCACACAGAUGUUUUACCCUUAAGUCCAGAGUCAUUGAAACUUCCUUACUAGGUCCAAUCAUCAUAAUGUCAUCAAUGUAAUGGACCAGUGUGAUGUCUUGUGGAAGAGAAAGACGAUCAAGGUCCCUGCAAACUAAAUUAUGAUAUAGGGCUGGAGAGUUGAUGUAGCCCUGAGGUAGGCCACUGAAGGUGUAUUACUGGCCUUGCCAGUGAAAGGCAAACUGUUUCUGAUGGUCCUCUGAAACAGGUAUGGAGAAAAGGCAUUAGGCUGCUCAACAGUUGCACAUCAGGUACCCGGAGAUGUAUGAAUUUGCUGAAGCAACAAGACUAUAUCUGGAACAGCAGCUGCAAUUGGAGUCACUACCUGGUUAACUUUGAUAAUCUGCUGUCAUUCUCCAAGAUCCAUCUGUUUUUGCACUGGCCAAAUAGGCAAGUUGAAUGGGGAUGUGGUGGGAAUCACCACCCCUGCAUCCUUCAAGUCCUUGAUGGUGGCAGUAAUAUCUGCAAUCCCUCUAGGAAUGUGGUACUACUUUUGGUUUACUAUUUUCCUAGGUAGGGGCAGUUCUAAUGGCUUACACUUGGCUUUUCCUACCACAAAAUCCUUCUGCAUUUGUCAGGGAUUCAAUGUGGGGGUUCUGCCAGCUGCCGAGUAAUUAUUUCAAUUAUGUAUUCUGGAAUUGGGGAAAUCACUAUAGGAUGGGUUCAGGGACCCACUGGACGUACUGACAUGAGCUAAGACUCCAUUAAUAACCUGACCUCCAUAUGCCUGUACUCUGACUGGUGGGCCACAGUGAUGUUUUGGGUCUCCUGGAAUUAGUGUCAGUUCAGAGCCAGUAUCCAGUGAUCCCUGAAAUAAUCCCUAAAAAAGGAUUAUUUCCUUUUUCCCAAUGAACAUUCUUGUAAAAGGUCAUAGAACCCUUUGGGGACAGCUGGGAGAAAUAUUAAAAGUUUAAGUUUUUGGCAGUGUAUUGCAAUCCCUUCUCAAGGGGACAUGGCCUCCCCCUCAAAAAAGGGGUUGUGAGUCUGUAAACUCACUCGGGUCUGGGAACUGACUGAGAGGCCGUGACCGUCUAUUUUGGAGAUUUGAGUUAGGCUGCUGUUCACUUGACUUAAAAUUCAUGUUUGUACAGAUCAGAUCAAGUAAAUAUUUAGUAGAUUUCUUAUCUAUCUCACUCCUAUGGACACCAUGACUAAGUAGCCAACGUCUUAAGUCCAUAGGAGUCAGACUAUUCUGAUUACUGCUUUGACUCUGCUGUUCACUAUAGUAACCACACCCACCUUGUCUUUGUCAAUUGAGUGCCGCCACUUGGCUCCUCCCUCCAUGGGGCCCAAUCAGCUCCACUGUAGUCAGGUGUCUUUAUUUAGUUAGGGCAGUUCCCACUGUCAAACCGGACUUACAUAAAAUAGUAAUCACAGCAGUUUCAAGGAUGCCGGGACUCCCUUCACAAAUUUGUUCCUCACUGUUGUGGUAAAAAUUGUGUCCUCUGAGCACUCCAUGUGUGGGUCUGUGGGUCUAACCUGAUAAAUCCACUCUAGCAUGCCAAUUUCCCUAAGCCUUUGGAUACCUUCUUCUACAGUAUACCCAGGCAGAUCUGGUACUUCAACUUGAUUUAAUGUAGGCCACUGUGUAAUCCAUGCUUCAGCAACCCAAUCAAAUAAACUAUUAGAUCCUUUCCUAACUUCUUGAGCUGAAACACUGAAUGAAGAAUCUGUGUGCUGUCAGUAAACUUAGACCGAUCCAUCUUUAUGUUCUUUUCACCAUCAUCCUACACCCUUACUAGCCAUUCCCACACAUAUUCCCCAAGUUUCUGUUUGUACAUAUUAGAAAAGUCAAGCAGUUCUUUUGGAGUGUAGUGUACCUCCUCCUGGGUUACACUUUGUACUGCACUUUUUGGGACUUAGGUCUAGAAGCCAAAAUUGGUGGCAGGGAUGUUUUGAGAACAUUCAGCAUUGCCUUGUAAAGCAUCUGACUGAGGCGAUGUCCUAGGCACUGACUCAAAGGCGCUUUAGAUGCAGCUGGGUUAAUCUCAUUAGAUGGGAGUGGAGGGGCUAAUGGUUCUGUUGGCAGGAGUGAUUCAGUGGAAUUUAGGGGCUCAGUGUCUCCAGCUUCCUGAUUAUCUGCCCAUAUGUUCCCAUCCCAGGUUUCAACCCCAAUUCUUCCCAAUCCAUGCACUUACUUUAACUGCAGAAAACUCUCAAUUUUGGCAGUUAAGUUGGUGUUGUAAUUCAGCCACUCUUAAAAUAAGACUCUGGGUUUAGUUUUUGGCAAUAUCAGCUCUGUUGCUACACGAAGUAAGGCUUUCUUUCAAGGCACAAGUGGAAAAUCUGAGGUCAUUUAUGAGGUACUUGAGCGUUGACUCUGAAGCCCUAAGCUCAUCUCUUUCUUUCACCAGUUUGUCUAGAGAAAGUAGGACCAACCAUCCAGCUUCCUUAUACUUCUCAUUAUGACAAAAUUGUAGAAAGAUACAUGCAACCACCCAGAACCUCAUCUUUCACCAAUACCUGAUCUAUUGGUGGUGAUAUUUUGUGUAUUUGAAUUGCCACCUCACGCCAUGGAUAAGCAAUGCCCUCUUUACUACUGGAAGCAGAGUCAUCAACAUCUUUAAGGCUAACCAGACUUUAGAAUCAAUUUAGAAAAUGCAUCCUUACGAUCCUGUUUUUCUGGAGCCACUCUGAGCACUAAAUAUCUUAGGCUGGGUUCUCUAGAGACGAAAACCAGUAAAGCAUAUAAAUAUAAAAUAUAGAGAGAUUUAUAUUAAGAAAAUGGCUCAGACGGUUGUAAAGGCUGUAAUGUCCCAAGUCCAUGGGUCAGAGAAGAGAGUUCUCCUAAUUUACAUAGCUGUAGAGGCUGGAGAACCCAAGAUUGGCAGGCUGGAGAGCAGGGCUAUUGCUCACAGGCUAUGAAGAUCGACGAAUCCCAAGAUCAGUACACAAGACUGCAGGUAAGCUGCUAGCUCAAUUCUCAGGAACUGGAGAGCAGACGAACAGGAGCCAGCUGCAGGAUCCAGAAGAAGCAAAAACCCCAGCAAGGAGAGAAGAAAGAGCUAGGCAGUGGAAGGAGGAGAGAUGAAGGCUAAGGGGGGCAGUGAGCCACCACAGGCCCCACCCCCACUGGUACCAACUCAUAGCAGAUCCCAUCAUGGGGGUGACCUCGUAUCAAAUCUCAACAGGGAAGUGAUCACAACAUUAUACGGCUGCCAAAACACUGAGAAUCAUGGCCCAGCCAAGCUGACACUAAAUCUUAACCGUCACGCUUGUUAUUUGUCCAAUUUUCUCUGUGGUUGAGAAAUGACGGCUGCCUAUUUGCACUGUCUACAUAGGAGAAGUCAGGAGGGGUGCCAGUGCUGUUACUCCCUACCGUUUUCAAUGAAAAUGAGGGGAUGGGUGGACCAUACUGCUGGGGUGCUGAUAUUUCAAUGGUGGGGCUUUUUCUGCUCCAAGCUUCCCACAUUCAUGACUUUUACCUUUCUUUUAGGGAUAAGGAUGGGCAUACAAGGGUUGACCUACGUGGAUGCUUCUUCUUCUGAUCUUCCUCUUGUUCUUGGUUUGAGUCAAAUACAGGUAUUAUUAUAUGUAAUGUUAUCUGUAGCAAUUAUCUUCUGCAUGCUUAUGUAUAGAAACUAAGUUGCUGAUUCCCUCUUCAAUCUGAACCCAUAAAAAAGGCAUAAGCAAAAAGGAAAUUAUUGUCAUAUAGAGCUCAAAAUUAUAAAAGUAGGACUUUACCUCUUAGAUACGCUUUUCUUUGUGUUGCUUUCACUCUGGAGCAUGUUUUUCGUAUGUGGUAGCAAGAUGAUCGCUUAAUAGUGUUGAGUCCAGAGAAAGAAAAUACCUUUCCCGUAAGUUCCAACAAAAGCCCAGCGAUUCACUGUAUAAGUUUUUCUUACUUUAAGUAAUGCCUUGAAUUUCUUAUUUUCAUAUGGUGUGAGAGACUGAAAACUAUAGCAUAUUUCAGUCUAUCUCCUUGAAAUCAGAAGCUGGUCUAUAUUAUUGCUACUCUUUGGAAAUCUACUGAAGCCUUGUUUGUGGCCUAAUAACAUAUUUUGUAAAUGUUCUAUAGACAUAAACCACAAAGAUUUUAUUCAUUUUUAGGGAACAGUCUACUAAUUCAGUUAGUAAGUUACAGUUUCUCCUUUUAUUUGUUUUUUGGAGUUUUCACUUCAAAGUUUGAUGUUAUCAGGACAGCUUUUUUGGGAUCUUCAGCCUUUGUGUGUGUGUUUUUUUUGUUCCACAAUGAAAUCUUUUUCUUUGAAUACAUGAAUUUAUUCCAUUUACAUUUAUUGAUUUAAAAAUAUUUGCAUUCCUCCAAGACUAUGGCCCAGAGAUACUCUGCUAACUCAGAACUGAAACCACUCCCAAAGCCCAUUUUUCAGACAAAAAUUCGAUAGGCCUAUAAAACAAACAGUAACACAUAUGAGGAAUGUGCUUCUUAAUUCAAUCAAAUAUACUAGCAGCAAACAGGCAACUCCUGCCCAAAAGCAAGACAGGAAGGCAGGAAGGGUCAGGAAGUGGAUGCAGGGAACAGGGAGUGGAAAUGGGGAGUGUGCUGUCACAUUGUGGGAAUUGCAACCAAUGUCAUAAAACAGUAUGUGUACAGAUUUUUGAAGGAGAAAUUAACAUGAGCUGUAAACCUUCACCUAUUGCACAAUAAAAAAAAAAAAAUUUGCUUUUGCCUUGUCAACCUUAGUUUAAGCUAUGUGGCCUGUUUUUAUUUUGUGUACUUAUUUUCUAAUUGAAAGAGAAUAUAACCUGGUUUUAGUUUUUCCAUUGUUUAUCUUAAUAUUUUUAAACCUCUAACUUGAUUUAUCAGCUUUAAAGGGCAUCUGUUGAAACUCUGCUGAUGAAAAUUACACAUAUAUUUUCUUCCUUCUCUCUAUAUCCCAAUUUUAGUUACACAUCAGUAAACUCACUCUAAUUCCUACUCUGGGAGCUCAAUGACAAAAAAAGCUUUAAAUCAUACUUGUGACUCCACUUGCCCAUCUUUUGAUGCAGUGAGGCUUAAGAUAAUCAAUGAUAUAUAAUUUUAAGAGCUCCCAGGUUGCUGACAUAAAAAUGAGACCUGAGUUUUGUGAAUAAGCAGAUUAAAGAAAUCUCCAAAUUAAAGGAAGUGUUUUGGUGAUGGCUUCCUUGACAUUCUCAAAAAAGAUACUAAAGACUUAAUAGCAGAGGUAUGAAAGAGUACCAUCUCUGUGGAGAACUAUUUGACAUUAUCUGUUGGGCCAGAUAUUUUCUUUUUAUCCGUCCAGAUCUACUCUGCACCUGGCCUGUGCCCAGGAGGCUGAAAUGAAUAGACCACAGUGAUGGGCUCCCUUGUCUUUUGGUUUCCGGUUGGAAGCCAAUGGGAGGCACCAGCAGGAUAUUGAAGGACAUAGAAAAUGAAGUUGGCUAUAUAUUCCACCAGGUCCCUCUCAGCUAGAUCCCUUUACAGAAGAAGAUCACAAGUCCUGUCAGGUGACCCUCUCCAUAUAGCUAUUUUCUUUGGACUCUGGUGACAGUUUCGUCCUUUUGUCUCUUUAGGCCUACGGAUCAAAAAAGCUCUUCACCAUUGCUAGUUCUGGCAGUCUGCAUCAUUUCUUGUUGUUUUCUCUAAAAACCCUCCCCUGUCUUUGUAAACAGUCCUCAAACACAUAGCUUGAGAAUUCUGUUUGUUGUAUAUUAGCAAUUUAUUUACAAAUCUAAAUAUGUAAUAAGAUGACAAAUAUACAAGAUUAUUCAUUGCAACACUGUAUUUCUAAUAUUGACAUAUUAAAAAAAGGAUUAUAAAAUAAUGGUACAACUAUGCAGUGGGAUAUUAUGCUGUAAAUAGCUGUAAAAAUGGGAAAAUUCAUUAAAUAUGUCUGUGGAAUUAUUUCCAAUAUAAACGGUAGAAAAAGUAAGGUGCUAAACAGUGAACACAGCAUGCUACUGUGUGUAUACAUGCAUACACACUCUCCUUUUAUAUUUAUUUAGUCUUUGGAAGGGUACAAAGAAAGUGGUUGCACUGAUUACUUCUGGGGAGGAGAACUGGAGAGUAGGGAAAUUUUUACUGUUUAUUCUUUUGUGUCCUUUAAUACUAUACCAUUGAAAUGGACUGCCUAUUCAGAAAAUGUAUUACAUUAAUAAUAAAGAUUAACUGAAGGCCUUAGAGAAACAAUGACUAAUGGAGAAUUAGAAGACUUGUUAAGGAGUUGCUAGCGGCUGAUGGGAAGAGCCAGCAAAUGACAAAAUUGCUGAAACGUUUCAAGUAGUGCAAUUCUUGGAAAAUUAAAUUCUUACCAUGGUCUCUUUAUGGAAUUAUGUCUCGAAUAUUAUAAAUUCUAUGUUAAGGUUAUUUACUGUUCAGGACUGAAUGUACAAAAUCAUAUAUGAGAAAUAUGUUUUAACUAUGGUCAUAUCCAUUAUUUAAAGGAGCUUCAGUUCCAUUAGCCUGCACCUGUAUCUACAGGGUUUACGGAUGUCACUGUAACAGUAGUGUGACUACUCAGUGAUCCUGGCUGCCAGUGAAAGGUGUGAUUCAGUUAAGGAAAUGGGACAUGAGAAGACUUUCUUAGGAAAUUAGUGAAAAAGGGAAGAGCUGACUGCUGGCAAAAAUACUCAUUUAACUGAAGUUGGUUAGAUUACUCUUAUUUUUAUGACAUUCAAAAUUGGUAAAAACAAAGGGAUUGCUAGCUGGAUUUUUUAAGCUAGCUUUAAUAUUCCUGAUGUGGGCAUUCUUCUUAACAAAAAGUUCUAUAAGACACAGAGAGACACACUCACCCUUCUUGGAACUGUGCUUGGGCAGACUCCUCUGCGACAAGAGUCUCGUAUUCCUCAGCAGCAAACCUGUCCCAGUCGGAGGGCUCAGGCCCAUCAUUCUCAACAUCCUGAUUGGAAAGAAGACAGCCACAGGAAACAAAAAUAAGACAAACAACUGGAGAUAGGUCAUCACAAAUACUGCUGUGUACCUCUGAAAAAACUGUAUGAAAAUGUUUCAUUUCAACAUGUUAAAAAAGGAGCUAAGGUAACUCUCCCACAGUGAUUUUCUACACCUCAGAUCCCAAAUUUGUAACUCAGUGUUCAGUAGCUAGAUUCUUUAGGUCUAGAUUCUUUAGCCUUGUAAUCAGAAACCUUUAUUCAGCCCCUCUCCCUAGCAUUUUGCACAGCAGCUGUCUGGAGUGACCUGUGGUUUGUACAUGCCCAACUAAAACGUACCACCCCUUCCUCUGGCAUAUUUUUAUGUUUUCUUUAAAAGCCAGCUGAGACAGCAUGUCGUCUGUGAUAUCUUUUCCGGAGUUUUUUGUUUGUUUGGUUUUGUUUUCACCACGGCAUCCAGAAAUGAAUGGUAUAAGUAAAUCAAGCCCAAUAUAGUUUCUAAUAUAGCUGUGCUUAUUGAUACAUUUUUAAAAAUUACUUUAAAAAGACAAAAUAUUUUCAGAACGAUGUAUUUAAUAGGCUGUUUUUUAGAGCAAUUUAAAAAAAAAGGUUUUUUUUUUUUUGGUAACUAGUUUCUAAUGUGUAUAUAAGUACACUGGCCAUACAAUUCACGCAGUGGGAAGUUCUGAGGCAGAUACAGGUGACCUAUACCUGCAGAUCACCUCUUUAAAUACUGAGAUUGCAGCAUGCAGAGACCGUCAUUAUAUGUAGCACAGGGCCGAUACUGAGCCCUCAAAUGAAGUUGAAACUAUACUGGUACCUUCUGAACUGCAAAGGGAUCUCUCUGUUCGUGGUCUAAGUAUUUCUCCAGAUUAAAGAAAGUGUCAUAAAAGAUGUGAGCCAUUCUGCAUCUCUUCAGAUCAUGGAGAGUUAUUUUGCCUGCAUAAAAACAAAGAAAACAAAACACCAAGAGCUGUUUUGGCAAGAAACAAAAAUUUCACUGAAGUUUAAAAGAUCUAUCAGUUCUAUCAGGAAAAUCCCUUUUGUUUUUUCUUAUUGAGGUCAAAUUCAUAUAACAAAGUUCAUUGUUCCAACCAUUUUAAAAUGUACAAUUCAAAGCUGUAUAAUCAUCACACCAUCUAGAUCCAGAAUAUUUCCAUUACCUCAGGAUUAAACCCUGUACUCAUUUAUCAGUCACUUCCCACUCCCCUCUCCCCCAAGCCCAUAGGAACUAGUAAUCUGCUAUUUCUCUCUAUGGAAAAGUCCCAUUUCUUAUACAGGCAUAUCUCAGAGAUAUUGUGGGUUUGUUUCCAUAGCACUGCAAUUAAAAUGAAUAUCACAAUAAAGCGAGUCACAUGAAUUUUUUGGUUUCCCAGUGCAUAUAAAAUUUACGUUAUACUAUACUCUUUUAAGUAAUAGCAUUAUGUCUAAAAAAAAAAAGUAUAUACCAUAAUUAAAAAUACUUUAUUGCUAAAAAAUGCUAACCAUCAUCUCACCCUUCAGCAAGCUGCAAUCUUUUUGCUGAUGACUGCUGACUUAUCAGGGUGGUGGUUGCCGAAGGCUGGGGUGGCUGUGGCAAUUUCUUAAAACAAGACAACGAAGUUUGCUGCAUCCACUGACUCUUCCUUUCAUGAAAGAUUUCUCUGUAGCAUGCGAUUUACCCACAGUGGAACUUCUUUCAAAAUUGGAGUCAAUCCUCUUAAACCCUGCUGCUGCUUUAUCAACUAAGUUUAAGUCAUAUUCUAAAUCUUUUGUUGUCAUUUCAACAAUGUUCAUAGCAUCUUAAGAAACCGUUUCUUUGCUCAUCCAUACGAAGCAACUCCUCAUCAGCUGAAGUUUUAUCAUGAGACUGUAGCAAUUCAGUCACAUCUUCAGGCUCCACUUCUAAUUCUAGUUCUCUUGCUACUUCUACCACAUCUGCAGUUACUUCCUCCACUGAAGUUUUGAACCCCUCAAAGUCAUCCACGAGGGUUGGAAUCAACUUCUUCCAAAUUCCUGUUAACGGUGAUACUUUGACCUCCUCCCAUGAAUCACGAAUGUUCUUAAUGGCAUCUAGAAUGGUGAAUCCUUUCCAGAAAGUUUUCAAUUUACUUUGCCCAGAUCCAUCAGAGCAAUCACUAUCUAUGGCGGCUAUAGACUUACAAAAUGUAUUUCUUAAAUAGUAAGACGUGAUCCAUAGGCUGCAGAAUGGAUGUUGUAUUAGCACGCAUAAAAACAACACUAAUCUCCUUGUACAUCUCCAUCAGAGCUCUUGGGUGACCAGGUGCAUUGUCAAUGAGCAGUAUUAUUUUGAAAGGAAUCUUUUUUUCUGCACAGUAGUUCUCAAUAGUGGGUUUAAAAUAUUCAGGAAACCAUGCUGUAGACAGAUGUGAUGUCAUCCAGGCCUUGUUGUUCCAUUUAUAAAGCACAGGCAGAGCAGAUUUAGCAUAAUUCUUAAGGGUCCUAGGAUUUUCAGAAUGGUAAAUGAGCACUGGCUCCAACUCAAAGUCACCUGCUGCACUAGCCCCUAAGCAGAGAGUCAGCCUGAACUUUGAAGCUCUGAAGCCAGGCACUGACUUCCCCUCUCUAGCUAUGGAAGUCCUAGGUGGCAUCUUCUUCCAGUAUAAGGCCGCUUCAUCUCCACUGAGAACUUCCUGUUGAGUGUGGCCACCGUCAUCAGUUCUCUCAGCUGGAUCCUCUGGACGACCUGCUGCAGCUGCUACAUCCGCACCUGCUGCUCUACCCUGCGCCUUUAUGUCAUGGAGAUGGAUUCUUUCCUUAAGCUUCAUGAGCCAACCUCUGCUGGCUUCCACUUUUCUUCUGCAGCUUCCUCACCUUGCUCAGCCUUCACAGAAUUGAAGAGAAGCAGGGCCGUGCUCUGCAUGAGGCUUUGGUUUCAGAGAAUGCUGUGGCUGGUUUGAUCUUCCAUCCAAACCACUAAAACUGUCUCUGUAUCAGCAAUAAGGCUGUUUCACUUCCUUAUCACUCGUGUGUUCCCUGGAGUACCACUUUUCAUUUCCUUCAAGAACUUUUCCUUUGCAUUCACAACUCCGCUGUUUGGCGCAAGAAGCCUUGUUUUUGGCCUAUCUUGGCUUUCGACAUGCCUUCCUCACUAAGCUUAAUCAUUUCUAGCUUAUGAUUUAAAUUGAGAGACAUGUGGCUCUUUCUUUCACUUGAACACUUAGAGGUCACUGUAGGGUUAUUAACUGGCCUAAUUUCAAUAUUGUCACGUCUCAGGGAAUAGGGAGGACCGAGGAGGGAGAGGGGGAACAGCAGUCAGUGGGACAGUCAGAACACGCACAUUUAUUGAUUAAAUUUGUCGUCUCAUAUGGGUGCAUUUUGUGGCGCCCCAAAGCAAGUACAAUAGUAACAUGAAAGAACACUGAUCACAGAUUGCCGUAACAGAUACAUAAUAAUGAAAACAUUUGAAAUAUUGCGAGAAUUACCACAAUGUGACACAGAGACACAAAAUGAGCACAUGCUUUUGGACAAAUGACACCGAUAGACCUCCUGGAUGCAGGGUUGUCACAAACCUUCAAUUUGUAAAAAAACCUCAGUAUCUGCGAAGUGCAAUAAAACGAGGUAUGCAUGUAGUGGAUCUGCCAUCAAUCACUGGUUCUACACUAAACAGUAAAGGUGAAACUUUAAACACUUUUGUACUUAGGAAGCCUGUGGAGAAGACUCCAGAAAGUUAAAAUAAUUUAGGACAAUCUGGGGUUAUGUGCCCCACUCUGUAACACAGGUGAACAGUGCAAAUGCCCCAUUACACAGUCUCACCAUCACUGGCUGGCUUCACCAGGUCAAGCAUCUGGCAAAGCAAAUCAUGGAACGGCAGGGGUUCGAUGCCCAUGGCUUCCAUCCGCUCGCACUGCUCCUCGUAGAAGUACUCUAGCUCGUACAUGGAGAGUACACCAUCCCCGUCCACGUCCAUGCACCGGAACCAAUACUCAAUGCUGGGAGAUAAGGGCACUCAUUAGCAUGGGCCUGGGAAGAGUCCUGCACUCACCCAGAUUUCUUGUUGCCCACAUUUCUUUUUAAAUAAAGUUACACAUGCGUAUGUUAGACUUAGAGAAACAUAGUUUUAGAAGAAAUGGUGGAUCCCUCUUUCCUUAUUUCUCCUUCCUCAGAACCAACCACUUUCAACACUUGACUAUUUUGGUUUUUGCCUUCAUAUUUUUAGAUAGACUCAUAGCGACCCUAUAGGACAGAGUAGAGCUGCCCCAUAGAGUUUCCAAGGAGCGCCUGGCGGAUUCAAACUACAGACCUUUUGGUUAGCAGCUGUAGCACUUAAGCACUACGCCACCAGGGUCGGAAUCGACUCGAAGGCAGUGGGUUUAUUUUCAGAUAAUGUGCUUGUAUUGCUCCUUUGUUGUGUUUGUUUUAGGAAUUCUGUAUUAAUUUCACACCAUGAGAUGAGGUUUUAGCUCUUUUAACUACUACUUCCUAUCUUAACUAUGUGUCCUCCCAUCCUCUUAAUAAAGUUAAAUCGCUCAACAUUUAGAGUUUGUGACUUUACAUUUUUCUUUUAUCUGUUUCAUUUUCUGUGUUCUUGUUACUAAUUCAACCCCAAACUCUCUGCCAGUUGUCUAAAUUCACAAUCAGUUCCAUCAAGUAUUCUAUUAAUUGGAUCUUGAUGCUGUCUUUCUUGGUUCCUUCUGACCUGCUCUAAUCUGGACUAGUCGAUCUGUAGGCCCGGUUCACAGUUUCAUCCUAGGAAUUCCUUUCACCUAGCUUCUGUUUCUUUUAUCGUACAUUUCCCUCAUUUUUUGGUGUAGCACAUCCUCAAGCUGCUUUCUGGAAAAGGGAGCAUGGUAGGUAAAAAAAUUUUAACUAAUUUUUAUUGUGCUUUAAGUGAAAGUUUACAAAUCGAGUCAGUCUCUCACACAAAAGUUUAUACACACCUUGCUAUACACUCCUAAUUGCCCUCCGCCUAAUGAGACAGCGCUUUCCUUCCCUCCACUCUCUCUCCUCGUGUCCAUUCAGGCAGCUUCUGGCCCCCUCUGCCCUCUCAUCUCCCCUCCAGACAGGAGAUGCCAACACAGUCUCACGUGUCUACUUGAUCCAAGAAGCCCGUUCUUCACCAGUAUCUUUUCCAUCCCAUAUUCUAGUCCAAUCCCUGUCUGAAGAGUUGGCCCCAGGAAUGGUUCCUAUCUUGGGCUAACAGAAAGUCUGGAGACCAUGACCUCUGGGGUCUUUCUAGUCCCAGUCUGACCAUUAAGUCUGGUCUUUUUAUGAGAAUUUGGGGUCUGCGUCCCACUGCUCUCCUGCUCCCUCAGGGGUUCUCUGUUGUGUUCCCUGUCAGGGCAGCCAUCGGUUGUUGCCGGGCACCAUCCAGUUCUUCUGGUCUCGGGCUGAUGUAGUUUCUGGCUUAUGUGGUCCUUUUUGUCUCUUAGGCUCAUAGUUACCUUGUGUCGUUGGUGUUCUUCAUUCUUCCUUGCUCCAGGUGGGUUGAGGCCAAUUGAUGCAUCUUAGAUGGCCGCUUGCUAGUGUUUAAAACCCCAGACACCACUCUGAUUGGUAAAUUUUUUUAGAUAUUGGAUAUUUGAAAAUGACUUUUUUCUGACCUCUAACUUGGUUGGUAUUUUGACUACUUAUAAAACUAUACGCUGGUAGAGCUUUUCCUUCAGAAUUUUAAAGGCACUGAUCCAUUCUCUUCUAUCUGUCCAUUGUUGUUGAAAAGUCUAAAGCCAUUUUUGUUACUGAUCCUUUGAAGAUAACCUCCCCCCCCCCCCCUUCUCUGACGCCUGUAGAGCUUUCUCUGAGUCCCUGGUGUUUUGAAAUUUCAUAAAGAAAUGCCUUGGUCUAGUUCUAUUUCAUCUAUUUUGUUGGUCUUUCUGAGAGCUCUUUCAAAUUUGGAAGCUUUCUUAUUUUCUUCCCCGUUCCCCUUUCUGUUCGUUCUUUUUGGAACCCCUGUUAUUCAUAUCUGUGUGGUCUAAUAGGGAGCCCCGGUGAUGCAGUGGGUAAGAGCUACGGCUGCUAACCAAAAGGUCUGCAGUUUGAAUCCACCAGCUGCUCCUUGGAAACCCUAUGGGGCAGUUCUACUCUGUCCUAUAGGGUUGCUAUGAGUCGAGAUCAACUCGAUGGUAACAGGUUUGGUUUUCGGUUUAGUUACAUAUGGCUAUUCAGCAUUUGGAAUGUGGUGAGUCCAAGUUGAGAUGUGUUCUAAGUGCAAAAUACACAACUGAUUUUGAAGACUUAGUACAUAAAAAGAAUGUAAAACAUCUCAUCAGUGUUUUUAUUGAUUACAUGUUGAUAUAAUGAGUUAAAAAAGAUAUACAAUUAAACUUUAUCUGUUCUUUUUACUUUUUUAAUGUGACUAAAUUUUAAAAUUACAUAUGUGGUUUGCUUCGUAUGUCAAUUUUCAGUGAUGUUGGACUUUUUGGACUGGUUCUUUAAUUUUCAUGUCUUUAUUUUCUAGUGCUUCAUCUUUUUUGUUGUUCUUUCUGGGAGGCUUACUUAGCUUUAUCUUCUAAACAUUGUUUUUUUUAUUUCUGCUAUCAUAGUUUUGAUUCCCCAGAGAUCUUUUCUGGUUCCCUGAAUUUCCUUUUUUUUGUUCUUUAACAAGUACCAUCCUGUUUAUGUUCUAUAAAUGUAAUUUCUUCUCUUAUCUCUCUGAAGAUAUUAAAAUAGUAUCUUUUUUGUGGUUUACAGUUUUCCCUACAAGUCUCUGUUUCAUCCAAGUUACUUUACUCAGGUGUCAGGUGAUCCUUUGUCCUCUACUCAUAUUUAAGAGUAGAUGCUAAAAAUCUGAUUGGACGUUCUGAUUUAUAAGUUUGUUGACGCUGGGCUUUAUUGUAAAGUCAUCUGGCUGGGUUCUUUUCUUGGGGAUGACCCAAUGUCAAAUCUUCAGGUCUUUAUCCUUGGGCUGGACUGAUUCCCCAGAAAAGGAUGUUUCAGCUUUCUGCCACGAGAUUCAGGACAGGUUGCCAGCAUUCUGUAGCUGAGUGAGGAAUAAAGACUGGGCAUCUCAGCAUUCAGUAAGCAUAUGAUAAUUUAAUCAUUCUAUUAUUUGCUAUGGUACCCAGGCUUUCAACCAUGCCUGGGGCUUCCCAGUUCAGAGGUCCUCUAUUUUAUAUUUCCAGGGAAUAAAGCAUCAGGUUUGGCCAUGUUGGACAAGAUUGUCUAGAGAUCAGCUGCUUCCUUAAAUAGACUUUCAAUAAAAUCUCUUGUUUUUUUGGUCCUACCUUUUUUUUACCCCCUCCCUACUUCCAAUGUUCCUGGUACCAUAACUACCAAGUGUUUUAGGGUUUUUCUAGGAAUGUCUGGUUGCUUCUUGGUUUUCUCCUCUCCUGGAUUUAGGUAGUCUGCUAAGUUUAUCUGCUUUUCGGUUUCCUAACUUUUGUUACUGUUAUUUCUUCUAUUCCCUUUGUUAGUGUGGGUUUAUUUCUUUAAAACAAAAUCCCUUUACUGGCAUUUCAGUGGGGUUUCAAGAGAGAUCAAAAGUACUGUGUGGUAAACUUGCUAUCUUUACCCAGAAGCCUAUUAUGGACACUUUAUCAUAUACCACUGUCACUUAAAGUAGCAUCUACAGCCAUAUUAUCUAUUAAUCACAGAAUAUGACACAGCAUUAACUGAUAACAGAAAACAAUAUUUUUCUAUUAAGAGCCACUGAUUCAUGGCAAAGAAAAUCUUCUCAAGAGAAGGUCCUCGGAGACCCUUACUCAAAUUCCCAAAUGUAGACAUGAAGCCAUAUUAAGAAUAACCACACAUUUAAUGAUUAUUAAAAACCUUUUUUGGAUAAAGAAAGGUGAAAAUAACUAAUUUGUGACUGUAAGCUUCUUUCAAGUAAGUCACACUAGGAUCUGUGUGCACCUAUUCUCAGAAAGAUAAAUUUUACAUUGCAACAAAAUGAACAUGUAAUACUUACAAAGUUCUUUUGAGAAAUAUAUUUGAAAAUUGUACUUAAUGUUUAAUGUUACCAUUAAAGAAGAGAGAGAGACAUGCACUGGAUCCAAUGAACAUGAAAUAAUACAGUUUGGCUGUGGUGAGGUCUAUUCAUACCGUAACUACUCUGAGAGUUAUAAAAGGGGCAGAAUACCGCCCCACUUUAAAACAAUUACUGAUUGUGGGAAAAAUCCUGAGUUUGUUCCACCCCCCCCCCAAUAAAGGUGGUAAUAGCUGGUUGUAAUACAAUUUUAUCAUUAUUUUCUAGUACUAGGUGUUUUAAGUAGUGAAAAAAAGGGGCAGUAGAAUGUCUUUUGACUGGUGUCUAAAGUCUCUUUGUGUCCUGAAAUUUCUUAUUGCUUAUCUUUGUUGUUGCUGUUAUAUGCCACUGAGUCAAUUCCAACUUAUAGCAACCCUCUAGGACACAGGAGAACUGCCCCAUAGGAUUUCCUAGGCUGUAAUUUUGGGGGAGCAGAUCAUCAGGUCUUUUCUCCUGUGGAGUGGCUGGUGGGUUUGAACUGCUAAUCUUUCGGUUAGCAGUUGAGCGCAUUAACUAUUGCACCACCAGGGCUCCUUAUUGCUUAUCUUAAGGGAACCAAAAUCAGGUCAAUCAGGAGAUAGUAAUUCUUGAUUCUGACAAGGGCCUAAUAGAACUGAAGUAAAGGCAACUUACUUCAUUAAGAAAUAUAAAUUAGGAACACUAAGAUAAGAGUCUAUACAAUAAAUAAAGCUAAAGCACACACUCCAGUUCUUUGUAUGGGCCCGCAAGAGACAGAAAACUAGACUGCAAAGAAGAGACAGAUACACUGCCUCAGGACCUGUCCAAGACACACGAUAGCUGCCUUUAAGGAUCUGAAAGAGUGCCAUGUGAUAGAUGAAUCACAUACAAUUUGGUGAGUAUGAGCCUAAGAGGGAUCAAUGUAUAUAAGAUGCUUUUAGGUUUAGCACUUGAAAAUGAAAACAGGCUGCCUUAGUAGAUAGUUACUUGUCUUCAAAAAUAAAAGCAGGGUCUGGAUGGAUGGUAAAACACAUGUAGGAUAUGUUCAGAUGCUAUUUUCUUAUUGGAAGCACUAGAACUCUCUAAAGUGUCUUCUAGUGCAGGUUUUCAGUUUUUUCCCCUUUUCCAAAAGUAACUUUUUCCCUGAGUCUAAAAGUAAUGACUUCUUUGUAGCAAAAUUAGAAAACAGAAAAGGCACACAGAAGUAAUAACUACCCAGAGAGAACUGGUGUUCAAUUUUUGCUAUAUUUACCACUAAUCUUUAUUUUUCAAAGCACAAUUACAUUAACGACAAAUUGUAUUUGUACAAUUAUAGACAUAAACAAGAUUACCUCUUGCCCUUGUCCUCAGGCUGGAUGAAACUAAGUUCUGGACUGGAGAUUUCCCACCCCUGAUAUAAACUCCUAUAAGCUAUUCAAGAAGAAAGUUAUAGGAAACUCCAUUAUUGCAUAUGGAGUAACUGAAUGUAUAUUCCUUUGCAUAUUCAGUAUACAUAUUUUAGCUCCUACUACCUUCACAGGCACUAGGCUAGCAUCCUCAGACAUAACAAAGGUGAACAAGAUAGCUGUCAAAGACGACACCUAGACAGACGACAAUGAUGAUAGAAGCAGAAAGUGAUAAAAACCUGGAAAAAGGGCAUAAAGAAUGCACCAAAAGAUUUGCAAACGCCUAUCCACAAUAAAAAAAAAAAAAAAAAAAAUU